GGUUCUUUAGAUACAUGGUUUAUUUAUACAUAUUAACAACCAGAGCAUACGAUAGAGGGGUUCCUUAUAUCACACUCCAAGAGGGUCUUGCCUCUUUCAAACGGACAUCAGCCAUCAUGCCCUGCCUUCUGCCUUUUUGCUUUCCCAUCACGUAACUCCUCUCAACUCUAAGCUUCUAACCCAAGCUUUAUCUCUUGAGGGGCUUCACCCAUUUGCUUAUUCGCAAAGCGUCCCUUUGAUCCUCUGUAGUCUUCCUAAUGGCCUUGCUUAAUUUACUUUCCUCCUGCUCUCUCUCACACACACCUCGUCUUCUGGCAUCUCCACAGGCACUGAUUCUUCCUGCUUCCUCUCUUCCACAGAAAGCACACAGGGGGUGAAGAAAUCAAUUAACAACAGCCCCUGCACACUUACAGGCACCCCCAAUCCCUCCUGCUCCUUUUCCACAGCAGGCUCCCAAGGAGUAGAGAAAUUAAUCAGCAUUUUUUUGGCUUCAGGCAGUGCACCCUUCUCUGAAGCAUUGUCUUCCCCCUUGCCUUCAGCUACUGACUGCAGCCCUUUGGAGUCCAAGCCUCAUAGCUGCCCACCAAUGCUCUGGAUCUCUUUGGCCACCCCUUCCCUCUGGAUGCCACGCAGCAGUGCUCCUGGGUCACUUUUAACCCCCUGUAGCAUCACAUCAAGCAUGCUUGCACCUUGCAUGGAGUCAUACUUUCCACUCCAUGGAGACUUCCCUACCACUCUGCUAGUCGUGGCUCUAUUAUAUGAAACAACUGGUUCUGCUGCUCCAUCUGUCACCACUGCUGCUGCUAGAGCAUCUGCUCAAACUGCUUGUUCUGAUGUUGUUCUAUUCUCUCAAGCUGCUCAAGGUCUGUAGCUAUUUCUCCUCCUAUUUCAGCACAGGUGCACCUUACUCACAGGCCCUUCCUCCAGGAAACCCCGCUUCUGACACCAGUGUUGCACGCCUAUUCUUGAUAUGGUCAUAGUGCACCAGUAGUGGGUUUAUUCUGCUUGAUUACUUGUUCUGCAAUGCUUCCCCAAUGCUUCCCCAUUAUUGCACCAAAAACAGGUAAAAAAUAAACCAGAACAUUUGUGGGAUAACAAGUUACAGGAUUUCAGCUGGAAGUGAUGGGAUAUGCACUGUUUAGAAAUGAAGCCGUGUGACUACCCCAAAACCUUUGCAAGCACAAAUAGUAUAGAAAGCAGGAUCAUGUGUGACCACCCUGAUAUCAUCAUGAGCACAAAUUGUCAUGAAUGCACAAUAAAAUGGACAUUUAAGACAAAUGUGGUACUUAUGGUUUCAGAACACUACCUGCAUACUAAUUUUCACUAAAUAGAAAUCUAAGCAAAUGCACUUGGAAAUAAAUGCUGUUGUUGUAAAAAUCUUUAAGAGACAUCACUUUAAAUUAUAUUUCUACUCAAAAUAUGUGCAAGCUCAGUUAUGAUUAAUUUUUGAAAUCCAUCCUCUAAUCUCAAUAAACAUUAUCAUGGUGAUGGCUAUAUAGCAAAACCAAAUAUUAUUUCUUGACAGAACUAUAGGAAAUUGAAUAAAAUGCUGUGUGGGGAUUUUUUGGUGGUGUCAUUUGUCCUUCCCUACACAAAAGUCUACUUUUUAUUUCAGAGCAAAAAGAAUAGUUUAAAGCUUUGUAUCACUGUAGAUGUAACUGUUCUUGUAUUUGCAGUACUUUGUAGUCUUGCUUCCUAAUGCUAUUAUUCAUGAAGUGUUAUACUCAGCUGGGGGUAGUGUUAAAAAGCUACACCAUACGGUGAAUGAGAUGCUUAAAGGGGGAUUGAGUAGGAAGGAGGGGACUGGAAGAGAGUUGAGCUGCUACUGCUGCUUCAGUGAAGUCACAAUACUAGGAAACAAAAAUGUCCACUUUCAGCUAUUCAGCUACCAUGAAAUCAUCUUUUCUAUUCGGUAUUUGUCAUUUUCCAAAAUCAUAUCUAUAUCUAAGGCUUAUUAGUUUUUAAAGAUAUCAUACACAUGAAUAAUAAUGUGAUAGGAAUAACAGAAACUCAGUCCAGAGUGCUCACCUAUUAUUGUUUAGUGAAUGAUUGUCCAAUACAGGAGGAUUUUGACUUUUUCAGGUGCAUAAAUUAUAUGCAGCCUUACUGUUUUAUGUGAACAAGUGUCUGAAUUAGAAAAAUUAGGAGACAGAAGUGGACUGGUGAAUAUGCACCAAUUUUAUUUUGGUCAAUUAAGAGGAAUUGCUGUUCUUAAUAAGGUUAAAUUGUUCAGGUGGGAGCAGGAAUUAAUACAAGCUGUUAGUUUUAUUGAGAUGAUUUUACUACAAUUGCUGAAAAGGGGAAGCUUAAGCACAGUUCUGGGGAAAUUAGUUUUGCUCAUGUGCACAAAGAAAUUAAGAAUAUUGAAGUCCUUUGGGCCAAAAGGAAAAAAGGGAAGUGGACCAAUAUAGCCUGGUGGACCUGCCCACAUUUUAGGUUCCUUAAUGUUAACUAAGUGUGUAUGAAAAAGUAAAUUAAUUCAUUAACAUACUUAGAUAAUGCCAAUGUCUUAAAAUACUUUUUUUACAGGAAACUUUUAAAGAGGCCAAACUUGAUGAGAGGAUUGUUAUGUACUGAAUUGAAUAGGAUCCAAACUGCAGCAGUCUGAUUGGUCCUAGAACAAUAGGAUCCAAAUUGCAGCAGUCUGAUUGGUCCUAGAACAAUAGGAUUCAGAAUGCAGCAGUCUGAUUGGUCCUAGAACAAUGCAGCAGUGUGAUUGGUUGGCAGGAACCACCCAAUCAUGCUCCAGAUAUAAGUGAAUCCACAACCUGAUUGGCUUACAGUAGAAUUCCAGAAUUAGCCAAUCAUGUGCAGCCCAUUGUGUAAAUAAUGUAUAUAAAGCAGAUACUUUGAGGGGACUUUCAUUCAUUCCUUCUCACCACUAUGAGCUGAAUAAAGAGCAUGAAAUCACUUUGCGACUCUGAGUAUAUUUCAAGGAUGUUUCUAUUUUUUCUUAAAAGUAACUGAUUUGGAUUGAUGUAAGCAGCCCUCUCCAAAGCUGCUAUUUGCCCCACCUUUAGAUCAGGAAAACAGCAUGGGAUAAGGUUAAGACCUUCUUCUGCAGUGCUGCAACCUUGAUACUCCUCCAGAGGCUGCUUUUAAGAGUAUAUAGAAAGCUCGGGGGGAGAGAGCUGGGUGUUGACCCUUAAGCAGAAUCUCUUGAAUUCUGAUCUUAUACACCAUCCAUACUCACCUGGGGAGGAAAAAAAGAUGUAGGGUGUUCAAUAAAUACAAGCUCUUUUUAAAAGUAUGAGUUACCUUUUAAAUAGCCAAUUAAAAAGUGGGAGGAAGAUGCUUAUAUAAAGCAAAGCUACCAGCCUAACUGCCACACCAGGGCUGAGUAUCAGGCCUAAAUCUACAUUAAUCAGUGUUCUCAAACCUUCCUCCAGUGUUCCCAGGAGAAAUUUCAUGGGAACAGACUUAAGGGGCUGUAUUCUUUCAUGUGCUUCCCUUACUUUUCAUAUUAUAGAUCACUAAAUUCAUUUUGAUUGCCUUUGUUCUCUGGAAUACCCAGAUCAAAACUAAAUGCUGAAGAAUCCAUGAGGAAAGACAGGCAAACUAUUAGGUAGGUGGAGGAAUGUUUACUGCUCUUGUCACCAGCUCGUUUUGACAAGGGAGUACAGUGGUACCUCUGGUUAUGAACUUAAUUGGUUCUAGAGGUCCGUUUGUAACCGGAAACCGCUCGUAAAAUGAGGCGCGCUUUUGCUAAUGCAAAAGCAGAGCUUCCCGCUGUGCGUGUGCCGCCGGAGCGCAACUUCCGCUCACAUCCCGGGGCAAAGUUCGCAACAAGAAGCGCCUACUUCCAGGUUAGCGGAGUGCGUAACCCGAAGUGUUUGCAAAGGGGUCGGUACGUAACAUGAGGAACCACUGUAUGGCAGAUCAGACUCCUGAUGGAUGCCAAGGCCCACUGCUGAAGAUGCUUCACAUUCACACCCUUUUCUUGCCUCUAGGGAUGGAAAGUGGGGGGCCAGAUUCAGUACAGGGACAGAAGAUCCUUCUGAUCUUCAGAAGGAAUUAGGUGAAGAAAUACAAAGGUUCAUAUUCAGGAUCAUUUAGAUGGGAUUAGUUACUCUCUAAAAACCAUAUCACACUCAAAAAUAGGGAGGGCAAAAAGGAGUGAGCAGAGGAUACUCCCCAUGCUUUCAAUUAGUAUGCAUUACGUAGGAACUCCAAUCCAUGUUAUUUAUGUGUAUAGAAUCAGGAAAGUUGUUAAUCCAAGUCAGUUAUUGUGAAUUACAUGUAGUGAUUUUGUACAAAGGGCACAGGAUUAAGGGCUUACCGUAAUGUGUUGUUUUGUGCAGUUGUGGAGAUAAAACUUUGCAUGCCUGUCAAACAGGUGUUUACACUCCACCAACACAAGCAGGUGUUUAUACUCCACCAACACAACAAAGGAAGCAAAUUGUGAAUGUGUCAGGUGGUUAAAGCAUGCUUAGAGACACUAUGAUAAACUGGUUUGUGUUGGAUUUGGAGCUCUAUUAAAAUUCCUGCUUGGGCACAAAGCACACUGAAUAACUGGGUGAGACACUGGAUGAUUUCCUCCUCUCAGUUGUUUUAAGGAUAAAAGGGGUAAAUACCUCAAUCUACACAAAAAAGGUGGCGUAUAGACACUUGUUGCUUAUGUCAGUAACUGGCAGGCUGGGCUAAGCCGGUUGUAAAGAACCUAUAGAUCACCAGAUGUUGCUGAACUACAACUUCAAAGCUCCGGAAAGCAUGGCCAAUGGCCAGGAAUGAUGGGAGUUGUAGUUCAACAAACAUCUGAAGGGCCAAAGUUUCCCACACUUGGGUUAAACAGUGGGGUAGGGUCUCGUCUGAUGUAUUACAUGUGAGUAGUACCAUUGCUGCUUGGGGUGUGAUAUGUGUAGCUAUACUGGAUGACAAUACCAGUAAUGAAACAUGAAAGCAUGUUUGGUAAGCAAUCCAGCUGACUGACCACAGGGACCAAGAAAGGUGCACCAUGGCAGUAUACAGGUGAAAAGUGUGCUGAUUUUGAGGCAGAAUGGGUGGAUUGAUUAUUUAUAUUUCAGUGCAUGUAUAGGUCAACAGAUCUCCCCUUCUAAAAGGUUCUCAGAGGACUUACAUAGAAUAUCAGGUUACCUUAUUAAGUUCACAAAUCUUGACCCAUACAUAUUUUCUGUUGUGAAAUGACAUUAGUAGGGGGCAGUUUGAAGCAAAGUAAUGCUUUACCCAUCCACAUCACUGCCCCCGAUCAUCUCAGGUUCCAAAGCAACCCCAGAUGUCUGCUGCAAUUAUUUUUCUCUCAUGCAUCAUGUUGCAAUUCCAAAUUCAGAAUAAAUUUUGAACUCUUAUGUCAUUCACUGCCAUACACAACCUCCUAUAUGGUGAAUCAUCAUAAUGAUAGUGAACAAUGCUAGAAGACCCCUUCCCACUGUUUAAUCCAUCCUGCCAGCUACUGUCUAGGCAACAAAUAGUCACAACUCACACAUUGAUUUAUCUAAUGAGGCUCAGGUGCUUCAUAAGGCAAAACAGGACGAGGGCAACAUAGGUGCUUCAUCUUCCUUAUUUGAAUUUGGGCCUGAAAGAGCAAGGGAAAGUGUGGGUGCAUUAACUGUAAGUUGCAAGCACAAUUUGUAAUACUGCACAUCAUUAGUGAUUAUAGGGCAGGACUAUUAAGAUAUCACACUUAGCUUCCAACAUCCUAGCUUUAAGAACUUGAUUCAACAUGAGAUGUCUUAAACUGCUAGGUUUUUUAAAACAACAACAUCAUUGUGAUUCCUUGGGUUUUCAAAGGAAAUUAUAUUAAAAUAUUCAAGUUCUGUAAAAUAUGAAAGUAGUUGCUUGAUAAUUACUAUUUUUUAAAAUGUAUUUUAGUUCUGUUAUAAAUGCAUUUCCAUUAACAAACCCUGCAGUGAACUGCAACUUGUGGUUAAAUGCAGCAGAUUCAAGUGCAUUUCACAGUGCUAUAGAAUGAACCUGCACAAAGUUGGGCCUACAUAUAAUUUUUUAUGCAUGGCAUUUCAGUUUUGAAAGUUGAAAAAAAGUUGAACUGUGUGUAUGUGAUUGCAGGUAGUGCCCAUGAGUUUUUUGGGUUUCUAAAUGUGCAUCAGGGCCCAAAAACAUUGGCAAUCCCUGUUCUAAUCUUUACACCAUAAUGCCAUGCUCUAUAACAAAAGAAACAGGCACUGCACAUAGAAUCCUUAGGUUGUUCUUUCUGCAAAUGUCGUAGAAGUGGCAAAAUUCUCAAUUCAAAAUUUAAACUACACGUACACCAUAGUUUUUGCUGGGAGUUGCCAGCAGAGGCUUCAAUAGGGCAGGAAAAUCUUAAAUUUUUGAACCACUGCCCAGAACUUCCACAAACUAAUGAAAGCAUGCCUUCUUCGGCAAGCCUGAAUAAAAUACUGUACACCAGCAGUUUAUCAAAAUGGGAAAGAGAUGUAUGAGAUGCCUGUAUCAAAACUGGGAGUAAAAAGGGUCAAGGUGUCCAUUUUAAGCACUAUUUAACUUCCUGUACCUGUAUAAAUUAUCGGAUCAAUUUUGAAUCUGGCACAUCCAUAAACCUUAUUUUGGUUGUCAUCCAUCUGUGUUGGGAGACAAUGGAAGGGUAAAGUCAAACCGCUGGAGAGUUACAGUACCUGCUGUGGCUAGAGACAGAUACAAGAGUCAUGUUCUAUUGCAGUUGGGGCAGAUGAAGGCAUCCAGUUGCGCUGAUGGAGGUGUACCAUGGCGUUUCUUCUUUCUGUGCUGCUCCCAGCAGGCAUUUCUGCUCUGGUCACUGCUGUGAUUACAUGACCUGUCUCCAAGUGCUGCGUUUAUCUACAAGGGAUUUCCACAUUGCCAACCUUCAUGUUACAUUUGCAGAGCUCUUAACCAGAGUUGGUCUGCCAUUUGGCCUGGUGCUUGAAGCCAGCUCCCUGGGGAUCUUGCCAUCUUCCAUUCUGUGGACAUGACCAAGCCAGCGUAGACAUUGCUGAGAAAGGAGUACGAACAUGCUGUGAAUGUGGGCUUGGGAGAGCGCAUUUCUGCCUGAAACUCUGUCCUGCCAUGUGAUGCCCAAAACCUUCCUGAUGUGGCACAUGUGGAAGGUGUUGAGGUCAUGUUCCUGAUGAUCUUAAGUUGCCCAUGACUCACUUCCAAAAAGAGCAUGCUCAACACACAAGCCUGGUAGACCUUCAUCUUGGUAUUAGACCUUUGCAUUGCAUUCUCCCGUACCCUUUUGGAGAGGCGAGCCAUUGCCGUAGCUGCCUUGCCGAUACGCUUGUCUGGCUCAGGGGCAGGUAGCUGAUAUGCCAAGUGUAUAUAUAUGGCUUGGCAGGUGUCAUUUUUAUAAACUGCCAUAACUUUGAGGCUUGCAAUGUCAGGCCCUGCAUGCUUUCCUUCCUACUCACCUUAUAACUCAAAGGGCACUCUUGUGCUCCUUUUUAGACUUAAGACAGUAUCCUGCGCAAGGAGCUGAGCGUUGAACCUGAGUUCAAAUUUCACCUCGUGGUUUAAGUGAUUCACUCGCCCGCCUCAGGCAAACCGCGUACCCUCUCCUCGCCAAAUGGGGCUAGUAGUAGUCGGUACCUAACACCACACGGAAGUUGGGCGGAGUAGGGCGGGCUUGGAAAGGGCGAAGGCAGCAGCUGUGCACGUCUGAAACGUUAGGUCGCCCAGCGUGUGGCUCCUGUGAGGGAGCGAAGGAAGAGCGGGCGGCAGAGCCGGGGAGCCUCUCGGCCGCGGGCGCCCCAGACGAGAACGAAACGAGCGCCGAGCAGCGGCGGCGGCCCCCGACGUCUCCUCACGCCAAACUCGGGCAACCCGCCGCCUCCGCCGCUACUCCAGCGGCCGCCCCGCCUCCUCCCGCCCCUUCAAGCCGGUCCUGCCGUGACGCCUCCAUUGUGUGCGCAGCCGCAGCGGCUCCCGGCGACUGUUGUAUCCGGCCGGCGCCUUUUUCUCCUCCUCCUCCACCUCCCUUUCCCCCCCUCCCCCUUCCCCGUAGAAACUGCCGCUGCCGUCGCGGGCGCCCCUUCUCCUUCUCUGGCGCCCGGCGGGGCCCCGAACAGUCUCGUAUUCUCUCUCCCUUCCCCUCCCCCCCUCCCGCUACCGUCACUCUAUGACGCGAUGGCAACGGCCAACUUCGGCAAGAUCCAGAUAGGGAUCUAUGUGGAGAUCAAGCGCAGCGAUGGUGAGCCGGCAGGAGGGAAGGAAAGGGAUGGAUGGAGGGAUGGAUGCAAUGGGGAGGGAGGGAGGGAGGGAGCGCCGGCAGCCUGCUUCCUCCUGCUGCCUGGCUGCCGCCCUUCUCCUUUGGGAGGGGGGAGGGGCCGGGGCCCUUUAUGCGCGCGGGGCCCGCGGAGGACACGAGCCGCCCCUCCGCCGGGGCGUGCGGAGGGUUGCGCGUGUGGGGCGGCGGCGGCCGUGGGCCUGUGGCGUCGCCCGCUGUCGCUAAGGCGCUUUUUGUGUCGCCUCCUGUGAUGGUGGCAGCGGUGGGGAGGGAGUGGGCUUGCGAGGGACUCGGGGCGUGAGGCUGCUGCUGCAGUGCUGUGGGGAAGGGCGGGCGAGGAGGAGGAGGAGGAAUGAAAAGGGUGUGUGUAAAUAUAUAUAAAUGUGUAUGUUUAUAAAUGCGCACAUAUGGGUGUGUGUGUGUGUCAGGAGGCGCAGGGUGGGGGGGGGGAAGCCGUGGGGCGGAGGGGUCAGUCUCGAGAAGUUGAGGGAGUGACAGGGGAACGGAGGGGGAGCUGGUAGGGAAGGGCGUGACCCCCGCCCCACAAUGCGUGUGUGGUGGUGCAGGAAGGGGGUCGGGGUGUGUGUGGGGGGGAUCGGCGCCCGCGAUGGUGAGGUGGGACAGCUGCUUGGUAUGUGUAGUAGCAUAGGAAAGGUGAGGCUUUGGAGUGGUUUGCUCGAUCGCUUGGAAGAGGAGAAGAGUGGGUUCCCCCCCCGCACAUUCCCCUCCACAAAUGCACUGAGCAAACCUGUCAUCUCCCCAACAGGAGCGUGCUUUAGAAGCACACAGAUCGGUAUGAGCUAUACAUCAAACGGCCGGAUGCAGUGACGCCGAGGGAGCUUUACCUCUCACCUCCCCCCCCCCCCAUCGCCAAUUAUUCGACAAAAAUCUUACAAUGGUGUGUUAAAUGAAAUAGAAUCACACACAGCCUUUUGACACCCGGAUGUUUGUAUUGCCCCCCUCCCCCUUCCCUCACAAAGAAUAAGGUUCCUGUGUUGAUUCAGUGUUUCCCUUUUUUGCCCUGUAUUUCCUGGCAGCAGCAUGUACGAUGCUUUCUAUAGAUGCAGAUGAAGUUCGUGGGCGGGUGAAGCUUGGGAGCGAUUACCCUUGGAUAGUAUGACUACAGCGUAUUGGAAGGCUGCAAGCAGAGUGAAUCGAUGGGCCCAUCUCUGUUGCUCAAUGGAUGGGGGUGAUGUCGUCUGUUGCUAGCUGGCCUCGUUGAUGGUGGGGUGGGGUCAUCUUGGGAUUCUUCCAACAAUGCUAAAUAAUUGGGGAGAGGAGGGAGGACAUCAGGUGUUUAUGUCGUGGCAGAGGUAUUUAAUGCUGAUGUACUAAAAGGGAGAAGGAGCACAUAGUAUUUUUAACUGCUUUUCCUUUCAACUCUUCUAAUUGCACUCUGAGGACUGUGUUUUUAUUGUAGCGUUACAGCUACACAUACUCAUAUAAUGGAAUUAAGUGUGAGAGGGUGUGUGAGAGAUGAGGCUACUCAUUAUUCAGCUGUGUAAUUUAAGAAAGGAUAAAAAUUCUUAUUCCAGCUUCAGAGUGACCCAAUAGGGGUGUGUGGGUUUGGGUUUUCCUCCUUGCCACAGUUGGGACAGGUGGGUGAAUGAAGCAGACAGGGUAGAAUAGUAGUCUAACUGAGUAGAAAUAUUUUCUGCAUUGGAAUGGUGGCAUUCUGUUCUCCUGAUCUACAAACCCAUUCUCAUGAUUCUAAGAAGUAAAACUCUGGCAUUGCUUGCUUCAGCCAGUGGUGGAGGAAGGUGGGAGGCCCUGGACGCCAUUUUCCUACUUGGAGAGACGCUUUGAUAUUCCAGCCUUCCUCAAUGCAUGUGUCUUUCAGAUAUUUGGACUACAGCUCCCAUUAACCUCAGUCUCCUGGCUGGGACUGUUGGGAGUUGUAGUCUAAAAUGCCAGGAAGGUGCUAUGUUGUGGAAGGCUGCCCAGAUCUUAAAAUGUAGUUUUCUCGUUUACAUAUAGCAAUUAAUUUGGUUUGGUUAGUCACCUGUCAUCACCAAGUGUUUCUAAAAGUCUGUUUCAAAAGUGGUUUGACAGGAUGACUGCUGUUGGAAGAAAAUAACUAUAAGGCCUUGAAAACAAUUCAAUGGUUCUUUAGAUGAACUGAGUGUUUCCAAAACAAUGAGAUGCUUAAUAUCUAAAAUCCCAAGGAGUGAUAUUUCUGUCAGUUAAAUGAAAAAGCAUUGGGAUUCGGUUUGUGUGGAAAUUUGUAGCCACAUAAAUUUAUUUUAAUGUUUCCACUGUAUCUUUCACUUUAUAUAAAAAAGAAAUAGGGAGCUCUUUUCUCCCUGGUCUUUAAAACUGCCAUAUUCAAAUAAGACCACCUGCAAAUAGCCUUGGAUCUAGUCCUUUUACUUUUAAGGAGAGUUUCCAGGCAGGAUGGUUUUUUUGUGGAUUUCUGCAAGUACAUGGGUCCGAGUAAGUUUAGUAUAAAAUUGCAGAAAUGUUGGGUAGCUUAAUUGUUUAGAGAGGGAAACAAAGAUAUGUUGCUGUCAGAACUGUGACUUGUAAUUUUUCCAGCAUUUUUUAUUAAACAUUUGUAAACUAGACUGAUAUAAUACAAUUAUAAAAUUUAAGACUUGGUUAUAGUCUGCAGUUUGUAGAAUCACAGUACUAGCAGUAUAUAAAAUAUUUACAAAUUUAAAAUAGUUUUUGUUGUGGUUCUUGUAUAUCUGUUGUUAAAAAAAAAGGAAGACUGACCAACAUACAAAGCUGCAUAGGGCGUAGGUGAAAUGAAAGUUGACUAUUAAGAUUAUCCCAACAACUUUUACUCCAGUUUUUAAUAAUGUCAUAAAACCAUAGAAUUGUAGGGAUGGAAGGGAUACUGAGGACCAUCUAGUCCAACCCCUGCAUUGCAGGAACAUGCAACUGUUCUAUACAGGGAUCGAAUACAGGGACCUUGGUACCAUGCUGUAACCAACUGAGCUAUCCAUGACAUAUAUAGAUGAAUGGAUGGGGUACUUACCGGAGACACAUUGAAAUAUAUAAAUAUUCUGUCCCUUGCAGUUUGUGUAGCUUUCCACUGUGGGCAAGACAGAAGCUACACAAGCAUUUAUUUCUUUAAAUGAUUUAUAUGCUGCCCUUCAGUUCAUAAAAUUGUCAAGGUGGCUAGCAAUUCCAAGUAAAAUACAAUUAACAAUAAAAACAAUACAUAAAAUUAAGUUAGUACAAAAAUGAAAAACAGAAUAGUAUAAAAUCAGUCUGUUAAACCCAUCUUAAGUGACAUACCUGAAGGUCUAGGCAUAUUGGAAUGUAUUUUACCAGGUGUCAAAAGAGCAUCCUGUUUGGUGCUAAGUGAGCCUUCUUGAGGACAAUUCUACCUGUGGACACAACACCACAACUGUAAAGUUCCUCUCUCCAGUUAGCACCCAUCUAAUAUGAAGGUGAUAAGACUAUGAGGAGUGGUUCUGAAAGAAUAUCUGUAUAAUAUCCAGGCAGUUGCAUGUGGGAAGAGAUGUUCUAUACCACUGGCCAAUUUCUCUUGAUGCCUCCAUGUGAUCAUGUAUGUUUCUAAACACUGCUUGUUUCAUUAUAAAAAUGCAGUUUGCCAUUCAUUUUCAACUGAAGUGGGUGGGUAGGCAAGUGUUUCCCACCACCUUCUGGAAGCCACUGAAAGAGCAUUUUGUACCUUCGGGAAUACAGAGCAAUUAUUUGUUGUUUCUCAUCUUCUGGCAUACUGACAAGACGGAAGAAAACUUUGGUCAAACAAUAUGUUACAUGUAGAUGUGUGUGUAACCCUUGGAUCAGCACUUGGCUGGGGGCAGAAUCUAGGGGAUAUUCUAUUUACAUUAAAUUUUUGCUGAAGCCCCAAGCCAAGAAACCUGAGACUCCCAAUUGAAUGGCUGAAUAGCCGCCCUCCCACAAGACACACCCACUCCUAAGGUAUGUGCAAGAAGUGGUGUCCUGUAACUAACAACAGUGGAUCAACAAGAGGUUAACAAUGUGGGAAGCAGUACACAAAUCGAUUUUAGUCUAAAAUGUCCUACUUUCUUCCAAAGGAAGUCUUAUGCCUUUACAGUUUAGGGUGCAGUGCAAGCAGCAACUCUCAACAGGUGGCACCAGAGGAUGGUUUCUGUGCCUCUGCAACUCCAUGCUGAUAGGAAUUGCUUCUCUUAGGUGGAUUUCUGAAACAGUGAUUUCAGACAGUAGUAUUAUAGCAAGCAAAGCUCAGCGAUCCCUAAUUGAAAUAUUAUACUGUAUGGGAGACCAAUUUUCUCCUCUUCACAAAGAGAAAUGUAUCUUUCUCACCAGAUCUGUGACCGCUGCUCUCCAGAGGCCACUUUCUGUUGGGGUGAACUAGCAUCAGCACAAGUGACCUAGGCAGCUCUGGCCAACAUACAAAUGAAUGUGGCAUGUUGGGUUGAACACUUAUGUUUUCUCUGCACUUUCUGCUUCCGCUUGGUGUUACCUUCUCUACAGCUUUAAAUGUGUUAUGUUAUCUCAUGGUUCUUUUUCACAGGCAAAGCUACUUACAGAGUGUUGCUUGGAAUCAUGAGCACAGGGAUACACAACCCCCUAUUUCCUGACUCCAAAUUGCUGUUUCUUCCAGUGUUCCACUUGAAUGUUUGCUUAUAUUUGAAACUCUGAAGGGAAAAAUAAAAGAGAAUUUGGAAUAAAUAAAUGAUGAACAGGGAAAGGGUUAAGCACCAACAAAGCCACACUUUUGAUUACUCUCUGGAAGUGCGAGUACUCUCUCGAAAGAGGUCAUGGUAAUGUGUCAUAUAUCUGGGUGUAAUAUCUAGUUUGUCCUGAGGGAGGGAGAAAGCCAUGAGCAAAAAUGACAUAGGGUUUGUUUCCUGUCCUCCUCCACCUCUUGACUUGGGGAUUCCUCAACUUCAGUUGGAUACCUGGACACGUGGGCAUUAUAGCAAAAUAAUUGCUGAUCAGGCUGCCAGGACAGCAACUCACAUUACUUUUACAAAAAAAGAUCAUCGGUAAUUUAUCCCAAUCUUUUAAGAUCCUGGAAGACAAGUGGCCAGUAUUUUAGAUUGUGGCUAAAUAUGUAAUUUCAGAACUGAAGGAAUAAAGUUAGUCUGCCUCAGAUAAUGAUUGGCCAUGCAGUCUAUUCCCACCAGUAUUGAAAGAGGCCUCGCCCACAUUGGCAUGCUGGUGUCCAUGAUUUUCAAGUGCAUGGCAGGCCUUUCUGUGCACCCAGUUCAAUACUUAGCUUCAAUUCUGGGUUGAUCUGUCAGCUUUAUCUGUUCCUGGACUCCUUGGAAGGCAAGGCUGUCUGAGGGGCAGAGGGAAGUCAGUGACAAAAUAAUACUUUUCUAUUUGCAACUGUGUGGUGUAAUAUGACCUAACUUCCACUGUGCCAUGAACUUCAGUAUUCUUGUCUUCUACUUCCUGGUUAGCCAGCUACUACCUUAGUCAUCCAGAGCAGCUGUGUUUGUUAGUGCCUUAUGUGCAACACCCCAUUGUUUCCUGCUGCUGUGCAGUGCUAGGUAAUUAGCAGCAAGAAAAAUCACCAGCAAACAUGCCACAGUCUGGAUUUAUAGACAAGCACGAAUACUUCAUACAUGAAGAGGCAUAUUUAAUUUAAUGGGACAAAGUAGCUGUGACUAUGAUGAGUUCUAUUAACUUCAGUGAAAAUGGGACAUCUGCAUAGAUGCUCUGUUGAUAUAUGCUGAAAACGGAUCCUGUUGAAGUGCCAUUUAUUUUUUGCACUUAUUGUGUAAUACAUAUCUAAGGUCAGAAAUGCCUUUUACAUCAAGAAUUGUAGUAUGCACACUGUGGUUUAUUUGUUAACAUUAGACCCCAUUACUUCCAUUUUUUAUGUCCGCUUCCGUUUUGAAAGUUAAGCCUUUUACUUAAAAAAAAACUUUUAUACUUUGUAGAAAUGCCUGAUUAUAUAAAAGCUGCUAGAACUGCAUCAGCAUUAUCUUUGGGUGCGUGGGGGGGUGGAACAGACGUUUAGCCCAUUUAGUUCAGUAGUGCUUACUUCUUGGGAGGUGUGUUUAGACUGGCAGCUGCAGCGGGUAGAAAAGAACUGAGGUACUGAAAACUUGUUAAACUUAGACUGCAAUCCUGUGCCAUUUACCUGGGAGUAAGUCCUAUUGAACGCAGUGGAGUUUUCUUUGUAGUAGUCCUGUAAAGGACUGUACUGUUAUUCUGCAAUUUAAGCAAGUCAUGAAAAGAUGUGCACAUGAAUUACAGUAAUGCAUCUCUGAGACAUAGCCACCUGAAAAAGCUAAUUCAAGGUUCAGCUCCCUGCAUCUUCAGCUACAUGGGCCUCUAGUAGCAGGGCUUCCCUACCUGAGACGCUGAAGAGCCUCUGCUAAUCCUUGUACAUAAUACUGGGCAAGAUUGACCUGUGCUCUGACUCGGUUUAGCAUUAGGCCAUUUCAUACAUUUAUAUGAUGAGUAAGCAUUGCCCCAGAGCAAUUAGAUGAGUUGGCAAGUGGCUAUUAGCUUUUUAAGGAUAGAAUAUUGCCUCCCAUGCUGUUUAACUUUCCAUUAUUGCAAGGGAGAAGUAAGAACCCUACACCUUGUUUCCACAAUACUCUUAAGCUCAAAGAAAGAAACAAGUUCUAAGGCUUGAAUGGUACUGUUCACUUUUCCAGCUCAUGAGCUUUCAUUCUAGAAGGGAUAAUCCUACCUGCAGUCUGAUACAGCCAAGUGUAGGGCAAUAUUAGUGCUGUGCUAUGUUCUCUAGAUUGAGGGCACAAGGAGAAGGGGACGACAGAGGACGAGAUGGUUGGACAACGUUCUCGAAGCUACUAAUGAGUCUGACCAAACUGCAGGAGGCAGUGGAAGACAGGAGUGCCUGGCGUGCUCUGGUCCAUGGGGUCACGAAGAGUUGGACACGACUAAACGACUAAACAACAUGACAGCGUCACCCGCGAAUAGCAAAAUUAAGUGCUAACUAACCACUAAAGUUUUAUUUGUAAUGCUGCAUUUAGACUUUCUGUUUGCUGCUGUUCUACAGCUUAAUGUUUGGGGCAUAGAUUUUACAUUUAAUGAGCAAUGGAAGGAAUAGAUCACCAUGCAGAUAUGUAAUUAAUGCAAUUAGAUUGAAGUGCUAUAUUAUGACUCAAGCUUUAGACUAGUUUUUUUUUACUUCAUGUCUUUGGUGUCUGAAUCAUACAAUGUGUAAUAUUAUAAAGUAAAACUAGAACAGGCUUUGUGGUUAUAAUAAAAAAUCAUGGAUUGCGUAGCUUGAGGUGAGGAGCAAAAGUGUAAGAGGAACAAGUCAAAAGAUGUACAUCUUAGCAGGGUGGGGAUAAGGAUAUUUCACAGACAUUGUCAGUGUCUUGCACAGUGAGAAGUGUGCCUCCAUUUCUGGUAAUCUUUCAGUCAUGUACAUUUUCCGUAUUUUCCUUUUAUGGGAGAUGCUGUAGAAAGAAGACACAUGUCUCUGACACUUUAAGUCACCUUGCAACCCCUGUAUUGGGCAUUGAAGAAGUCAUAGGAGCAAUUUUUGUGAGCUUUUUGCAGCCUUGAUAACCUGCAGUUUGGGUGUCUUUGUGGUUUUUCAGAAGAUUGCCUUCACUCUAAACUAGUUUUGUUCACUUUUGGGGAAGUUGGCUUAUAGCCAAAUCUUAUUGGCCGCGAGACAUCACUGUUGCUAGAAAGAGGAACUAUUUUCAUACACAAAAUCUUGCACAAUGAAGUAAGCAUUUGGCUGGGGGGGGGGGUGGCGGGGUUGCAAGCUAUUUGGGGGGCCUUGGAGGUCUCCUCACAUUAAAAACACUCAGUUGGAAACAUGCAUUCCUACAAAUAUGUGGAGUGUCAACAGGAAGAAUGGAAAAGAACUGCUCCCGUAGGAGAGAUAAGGAUAACAAAAUGUGAAGGUAGGGAAUUGCAGGAAGACUAGACCAGAUUAUAAGGAAAUAUUCUGUGUUGUUGUUUUUUUAAAGCAUCCCAAGUGUAUGAAGGCAGACUUUUGCAACCUUUUUACUGGAGUAUAGACAAAAAUAGACUUGUUAAAUAUUUAGGAUUCACACUGAAUCAUUUUUGAAUAUAAUGGGUAGCAUGCCUACCUUUCACUAAUUAGUUUGCUUGAAGGCUUUGCAAUGCCAUUUGUGUUAUUAUGUAGUCUCUUAUUUAACUUUGGUGAAAAAUCCAUUUGGAAAUGGUUUGAAAUCUGUUUUUUCCUUGGUCUCAUAUAUCUGAAAUAAUCUAGUGUAUAAAUAGUUAAAAAGCUGUGCUAGAUUAGAUGAAAAGUCCAUCUAGUCUUACAUCCUGUUUCCGAGAGUUACCAACCAGAAGACUCUGGGAAUCUUGCUUAUGGGCUUAUAGGGAAUAGCCCUCUCUCACUGCCUCCGCUAGCAACUGGCAUUCAGAUGCUCACUGUGUCUGAACCUGGAGGUUCCAUAUAGCUAGGAGCAAUGGAUAUAUCUCUGUGAAUUUAAUCCCCUUUUAAAGCCAUAUUAGCUAGUGAACAUGACCAUAUCUUGUGGCAGUUUUGUCUGUUCUGAAUCUCCUGUCAUUCAGUUAUAUUGGGUGACCCUGAAGUCCAGGCUUACUUGAGAGGGAGAAGAAUCUAUUAUGUUCUCUUCCCUUCCCUAGGCAUCUUUUUUUUUUGUAAACAAAAAUCCCUCAAAUGUGCUAGCCAUUUCUUUGUAGGGAAGUUGCUUCAGUUUCCUGAUAAUUUUGGUUGCUUUUCCUUGCAACUUUCCCAAUGCUACAAUGUCCUUCUUCAGAUGAGGGAACCAAAAAUCCGCAGUUACAUCUUAUGUCUGUGUCUAGGAUGUGGAAUUCCUUGCCCAUUCCUACUAAGCAUCAUUGGUACUUUUUUGUCAGGCACCUGCUGUUUACACCAUUGAUUAUUGUUCACUGUCCUGAUGUUAAUGGUGCUCCAGUUGUGGAAAGGGAUAAGAAUAUUGUCAUACUGGUCUAUUUUAUUUUCAUUCCCAAGCAUGGGAUUUGCCUUCUCAUAGAUACUAUAUCCUGGGUCAUUGUUUUGAUUAAACUAUCCAUAACAAGAUAUGAUUAGUUAUACCUCAGUACUCCAAUGUGCAUCAUUUUAUACUUACUUUACAUAGAAUAAGCUCAUUUGCCAUUUUAUUGCCCAUUCUAUUUACCAAUUUGGAGAGUUCCUCUUGGAUCUCCAUGUUGUUUACCAUGAGUUUUCACCUUCCUGAAUAAACUGAUGGCAUCUACAGACUUGACUAUUUCACUGUCUACCUCAGCUCUAGAUGAUUUAUGAACCAAUUAAAUAACACAUGUCCAAAUACAGAUCCUUAGGGACACCCCAGUACUUGCUUGCUUUCAUUUGCAGAAGUUUCCAUUUAUUCCUACCCACAGUACCAGAAAAUAGUACCAGAAUCAGGUAUUAAAACUUCAUCAGAUGUGUAAAGCCCAGGAUAACAGGAAUGUCUUCACCUGUGUCUAUAAUAGUCAUGUGUAGCAGUGUUGCUGGUUGUCCAUCGAGUUGGUGAGCUUCAUUUGACAGCAGCACAAAACCAAACCCACCCCUGUAGAAUGCUCUUCCAGUAGACAUUCAAGAGGCACCUUUUAUAUUAACCAUCAAAUGUUUGUUGAAAAAUUCUCUUUGCCACCAAGCUUAUGCAGACAAUUAAGAAAAACAUUUUCUGUAAUAGUCGACUGGGGAUCUGUUUUAAUUUUUAUGUGUUUUUUAUUGCAAUUCAGUUUUUGGUAAAUUGUUUUGAUAUUUUUUAUAUAAAAUUGUGGCAUAUAAUUUUUUAAAAACAGUUGAAGCUCUUUAAAAUCAGGAGAACAAUUUAAAGGUGAUGUAAUCUAUCUGUACCAAUAAUGUAGCACUGAGCAGACUGCAUUGCUCCUUUUCUCAUGCAUCUUUGUGUAGUAUUUUGAUAUCUUGACUUGAAAAAAAACACUUGUCAAUUUUGUUGAAAGCCAUGAACUGAAUGCCCUUACUAUAAGACUAUAAAUCAUAUAUGUAAUCUCACUUAAAUGAAUAUGGGCAGUGACCAUUUCGCACAAGGGUUUCAUUCCCAGCCCCUGCAUGUGCCAUGGAGUGUGCAUAAGUUCGCCCUGCCCUGUUAUGCCCCCAUUUUGCCCUCUUCUGCGUCCAAAAGGACCUGUGCGUAGGUGAUCGCACAUCAGUUGGACACAUGCUUAAAAUGGUUGUCACCUGUAUUCACUUUUUUACAUGGAACUCUGUCCAAUUUAUGCAUCUUUAUGGAACUGUAGAAUAGCUGUGAUUCCAGUUGAGCUAUCUGGGUGAGAGCUUAUUUGAAGCUCUUGUUUACUUUUUGCCUUGCUCUUCCUCUAAGGGUCACCUCCCUUUACAUUUUUACAACCUUAGGGUGUAGGUUUGGUUGGAAAAAACCAAGUAGGCCAAGAUGACACAGUGAUGUUCUUGGGUGAGUGAGAAUUUGAACUCUCUGUACAUGCCACUAAAUCAAACCAUGGCUUAGUUCAAAUAAGGAAAUGUGUGAAUUCUUGUUGUGAAGCUCAUGACCUCUGUGCUCCUCCCCCAGUCCUGUUGCUGUCAUGCCACCAAGGGUUAAACCAUAAUUUGGCGCUUCUCUAGGAACCCACUUGUUUGUGCCAGACUAUAGUUUGUCUUCAUGUUACAUACAAACCUAGUCACAGUGUAUACUCUAACCAUCUCAAGGUGGAAAGCAUGAUUUUUCUUCAAGGGUUGUCACUCAUUCAUGCAGUUGCAGCUGUGUUUCUGGAAAGAAGUAUUGGGAAUGGUGUUAGUCUACCCUGUCCUAUUUGUUGCAUGCAUUGCUACUACUGAGGGUGCAUAGAACAUUCAGUCUUUCAUAAAUUUCAAGAAUUCUGCAAGUCUUUUGCCAUUGAGUCUUCUCUACUUGUGAUUUCAUAACUGCAUUGCCAAUGUGAUGGUUUGUAGGGCUAGUUGACUAGAAUGCUGAUGCAUUGGUCAAGUUUAUUAAUAGAAACUUAAUUUUGUAUCAAAUUGCAUAUGGAUUCCAUAAGUGAUGAAAACUAGUACAAGGUGCCAGAUAACCAGGACAGUUAAGUGACCAAGACUGCUUUUGAAAUAGACAAUGUAGGGAUUGACGUAGCAAAUGUCCCUUUGUUCUGUGCCUCUUGGUGGCCUUUGGCAUGGUAUCUUGCUAUUUUGUAGGGCUGCUCAUGGAAGUUGAUGAGAAUGAUCUCCUAGAUUGCUCUUUUUUGACACAACAUUUCUGAAUUAUCAGGUUGGGGGAUGGUUUAUCAGAUCCCAAGGAAUUAAUCUCUCUGUGUCACAAGGUACAUCUUAAUCCCCUCUGCUGUUGGAACCGUUGAGGGAUAUUGUUUGAAGGUUGAAAGUGAGAUACCAUCAACAUGCUGAGGACACACACUGCUUUAUUUUUUGUUGCGUUAGUCUAGGUGGAAUACUUUCUGGUUUUGUCCAGUCUAGCUACAGAAGAUCUUGGGUUACAAACUUAAUUCAUUCUGGAGGUCCGUUCUUAACCCGAAACCGUUCUUAACCUGAGGCACGCUUUCACUAAUGGGGCCUCCUGCUGCUGCACAUUUUCCGUUCUCAUCUUGGGGCAAAGUUCGCCACCCGGAGCAACUACUUCUGGGUUAGCGGAGUUUGUAACCUGAAGCAUUUUUUUAACCCAAAGCGUUUGUAACCCGAGGUAUCACUGUAGUAAUAUGCUUCAUAUACUGUAACAUGAGGACCUGAAUUUAUUCUGUUCUUCUGAAGAAUCUGUUACAUAGCUACUGUAUCAAGUGGAUUCAUAAUCAUUUUCCUAAUUGCUUUUAAUUAUAUAAAUAAUAUUUCAAAUAACAAACAUCCUAAGAUGUAGCUGAUGUCAAAGCUUUUCUCAGGAGAUUAAUUUGACUCCUGCUCACUAGUAUUUGAAAUGGAAUCUCAUUCAUAUGUUUGGCAAGCUUAGUGUGGCCCUAACUGAUUGUUUAUCACGUUCUUAUAAAAAGAAUAUAUAUAUAUGUGAAUUUAGAACAAAAAGCCCUUUAGAGCUAGGGCAGUCUAUAUCAGCAGGUAACAGAGAUAUAUCCUCUCAUAAAUUGUCAUUAGUUAACAUAUUCAUUUAUUUUCAAACAUUUGUCAGUUCCUGAAUUCUGUGAGUUCAGUUCUGUGAGUAUUGUAUAGAACUGCCAUAGAACUGCAGAAGACUUAACCUUGGGAGGUGGGCAGUUUCUUCAUGUUAUGAAGAAACAUACUUUGGGGAAUCUACCGUCUUCGUGGUUGUGACACAUCAUCUUUGAACAGGAACAGAAAAGCAUUAUGGGGUUACCUUCUAGUUUGACCAAUACAUCAUAGGUUUUUAAAUUUUCACAAGAUGAAGUGGAGAGGGGAAAGGUCAGACAUAAUUCCUGUAAUCCAGCCAAGGAAAGUUGUGUGCAGAAGCAAGCUUACAUGUGAACAACCAACAUGGAUGCAGGUAUCCAUUUGUAUUCAUAUAGGCUCUUGUUCCAGUUGAACUGGGUACUUGUAUAUUUUUAUGAUUGUGGGAAUGCGCAUCACAAUCCAGAACAACUGCCUCUUGGGAGAGACUUGUGUGCAACAAGAGCUAGAUUGCGACCAUAGUUCUGUGAAAUUCCAUUAGGUCAAGAAGUAUGUAUAGUCAGAAUGUUAAACAACACCAUUCUUGGUUAGUUUUUAAGGUUUUGGUUCAUUCUUAAUUUUUCUGUCCCUACAGGUGUAAGUUUGUUCUUAGGGUUCUGUCCAUACCCUUACCCCCCUCCGCCUCUGCUCCCCCAAUUCUUAACCAGAAGUGGCUCCCAUCAAAUCCCCACACCAUUCUUAAAAGUACAUUGAGUUCCAAAAGCAGUUCUGGUAUUUGGAAAGUUGCUGCCACAUGCAUGGUAUUUUUCUCUGGAUGUCUUUAACCAGCUGUUCAUUCUCAGAUUCUCAAACUGCAUUUUGAGCUCAUCAGAGUUUUACAAGCAGUUUGAAUGGUAUCUUGGGUAGCAGAUGGAAUUUUACAAAAGAAGUUUGUGUGAGAGUUUAUCAUACACAGGUUAUCUCAAUGUCUUAUUGGAUUGUGUAUGCCUCCACCUUUCCUUUCCUCUAGGCUAUCAGGUUUGGCCAAUCGGAAGCAAUAACUGGGUAUUUUCUUGGAUCCAUUUCUUUCGCACAUAUUUUUACCCUUGCUUCCAGGUAGGCAAAUUUAGCUUUAUAGCUAUGGUAUUCAGGAACAUAUCACAUCUUUUUGGAUGCAUUUGUUGCUUCUCUCAUGGCAGAAUUAAUUAUAAUAGAAGAAAAUUGUCAUUUUAAUCCUAAAGCAUGUGUCUUAAAUCCUUUUUCUGUCCCUUCCAUGCAUUUUUGUAUCCCAAACCAGGUCAUUGUCAGGAAAGAGAUGCUCCCCACUGUUUAAGCAUGGUGUGCCAAAUUCUAUCAGUCUCUUAAUUGGCAGAAGAUAACUUCAUCUCUGGCUAGAAUUGAUUUGAGCAGUUGAAGAAGCUGCAUUAAUUAGUUCCACUUUAGUACAGAAGAGCACAAGCCAUUUUGUUCAAAUAUAUACUCAAAUGGAUGCUGUUGAGAGAGAGAGAGAGAGAGGCAGAAAAUGGAAUUGAAACUGGAAAGAGAAAAGUAGGUCCCAAGAUGUGUGGGGAAGCACUGAAGGAGUGAGAGAACUGUGUACGUUGUGAAUAGGCGAUUAAUAGGGUGUUGCCUUGAUGUGCUGUGUCAUCUAAAGGUUGGGCGUGAUCAGUCAGUACCUGAAAUAGGAAAGGGAAAUAAAUUGCUAACAUUGUUUUUUGUUUUUUUGUAUGCAAACUAUGAAAAUUAUUCUGUAAUAUAAACUGAAUGGCCGAGUUUAUUCUUUUAGUAAGGUUGAGCGAUACAUUUAGAAAGGUGCACACUACUAUGUGCAAUCUGUUGUACAUAGGCAAAAUAAUUAUAAGAUUAUUAAGUGCUGCUUUUUUAAAAUUGCUGCAUGCAGUUUAAUACCCUGACACCUAUCUUUUCUGACUGAUUAGGUAGUUCAGAAUUUAUUUAUGUAUCAUUUAGUAUCAAAAGAGAAAUUUUAUGACAUUCCUCUCUAGAUUUUCUCCUAUCUUUUUCAAACUUCAAACACUGAAAGCAGGACCAAGUGCUCAGGUGUGUUUGGGUAGGUUUGCAAAUUGUCACCUGCUUAGUUGCCAUUGGUGAGGAAGAACCUCCUUCAAACAAACAGGGAACAAAGCCUUUGUAAACUGGAAAAGUUUUUCCCUCUCUCUUUUAGGUCAUUAGUAUCACAUUGCAAAUGAUUAGCAUAGGUAUAUGAAGGAGUUCCAUGGGCUUAUUUGUAAGGCUGCCCUUAUGGGCAAUGAUCCAAAGGGAGGGAACUGUGUCUUCAGCCAGAGUGUUCUUUGUAGUUUCACAGCUGCAAUUUCUAUAGCUCAAGACACUUUAAAAACUGGUCAGCAACCCACCUCAUCACCUGUGGAAGUUACAGUGGUACCUUGAUUCUCGAGCGGCUUAGUUGUCGAACAAAUUGGCUCCCGAACACUGCAAAUCCGGAAGCAAGUGUUCCAGUUUGCGAACAUUUUUCGGAAGCUGAAUGUCAGAUACGUCUUCUGCUUGAGUGCAGGAAGCUCCUGCAGCCAAUCGGAAGCUGUGCCUUGUUUUUUGAAUGGUUUUGGGAGUCGAACAGACUUCCGGAACAGAUUAAGUUCGAGAACCAAGGUACCACUGUACAGCAACAUACAAUUGUGCACCUUCCCUGAUAAUGCCCUGAUAAAUGGAACCUGCCAGGUCCCAUCACUGGUCUGCUUCAGUUGAUGAAGACCUGGCUUUUUAACAAGACCUUCAAUUAAUUGAGUUAUUUCGCACUGGCUUAGUUUUAUGUUUAUUUUGUCCUGCUGGAAUCGUUAAAUCUGUUGGGUAUUGUUAUGGUACUAUUUUAACUGUGUGUGGGGAGAUUACGGUAGUUGCCUUGAGUCUCUUCAGAGAAUAAGUUGGGAUAUAACUUUUAAAAAUUAAUCUUCACAUAAUUGUCUCUGGUGUUGCUAUGAAAACUCAUUUAUUGCACAUUUCUGUGCAUAUAUUGGAGUAUAUGGGUGUUGUUCCAGAGUAGCCAAUGUGGUACCCCCAGAAUGUUAUUGGACUUCAGUUCCCAUCAGCCCCAACCAACAUGGUCAGUGGUCCAGGAUGAUGAAAGUCCAGCAACAUCUCAAGGGCACCAUGUUGCAUACUCCUUCUGCAGCUUCUGAUGUAAGUUCUGAGUGUCAUUUGACAUUCUGGGAUUGAUUGAUAACAGUGUUUGAGGAAAAAUAAAGGGGAAUAUAAGCCAUAUUGAAAUUUUUUAAAAUAAGUAUUUUAUUAGAAAUGCAAUUCAGGCUGAAGGCCUGCAUGCAUUGACCAGAUAGUAAGUGUCACUGAAAACAAUGGAAUUAUGGAGUAGACAUGUGAUUGCAUGUCAGUGGUAUAGAAAUAAGUGUGAUGCAUUUUUUAAAAAUAAUGAAUUCAUUUGCAAAUGAAAUAAUAGAGAUGGAAUAAAGCCAUUUUGAUGGAAAUUCUAUAAAUUGUUGAAGGAGUACUUAUACUUCCAUUUCAGGCCGAAUACAUGAAGCUAUGGUGACAUCUUUAAAUGAAGAUAACGAAAGUGUUACUGUUGAGUGGAUUGAAAAUGGUGAUACUAAAGGAAAAGAGGUACAAUAUAAUCAUAUUGACUAUAAAAAAAAAAAAGUUAUGUUUGACCAUAUCAUACUUUGCCCCCCUCAUACUAUAGCUAAAACUACUGCUGCAAUCUAAUACCGCUGAUAUUACUGUACUAUCUCUCCUCUCUAUUUCAACUCUCUGUUUGUCUCUCUCUCUCUCUCUCUUCUGUUGUACUCCAAUCUCCCCUCUCCCACACCUCCCCCCUUCUUCUUUCUUUCUUCUUCUUCCCUUUUUCUCCCUCCACCCUUUACAUAGAGCCUAUUUGUCUGUCUCUGUUUCUGAGCGCACUCCCAACCCCAACUCCCACCUUAGCUGGACCCCAGUACCCCUUUUGGGUAUAUACAACCCCCUCCUAAACACAUAUUUCCCCUGGGCCCACCCUUCUAAUCUUUUGCAUCUCUACCUGCUAACCCCCCCCUUUAUAUGAACUGUCUGCCCGUUAGUCUACCCAUCUCUGCUUACCUGCCCCCCCCCCCCCGCUUUGGCGGCACCGCUGAGGCAACUACAGAAACCCUAGAGAGUUCUCAAAACACAGGCUAGAAGUGACACAAAUGACCACCUAAUUCAAACGCUCUGUUUAAGCCACCAAGAAAGAACGCCUGAUCAGCUCAGCAACCCAACAAUACCCAGGAAUCACCACUGCCACAACUCCUAACCACCACACGCCCUACUCCAAGAGGACGCCAAGCCAACCUCAAACCAAAACCAUCAGGGAGACUGAGAUGACACCAACCAGGGAGAUGACAAACAAUGCUAAGACGGUAACUCCCCUUCAAGAUGAUGACCACCCAAUAACGAAACGAGAUUUGAGGGAAAUGGAAGCAAGAUUAGAAGCACGAUUAGAAGAAACACUGAAGGCCACAAUGGCUCCCAUGCAGGUACUAAUCAACAACCUAACCUCCAAAGUAGAAGCUCUAGAGAACAAGAACCAAAUGCAAGAAAGAAUAAUAGAGCAAUACCGGGAGGAGAACGCACGUGUGAACAAGAAACUGGACGAACUGGUAAACCAAAUUGAAGCAGAGAUGAAAAUUAAGCAAGCCGACCUUGAAGACCGCAAUAGACGUUGUAACAUCCGCUUCCGCAACUUUCCUGAAAAAACAGAGGAGAAAAGCCCAGCAGACCUAAUUAUACGCUGGCUGAAAAACACAAUCCCAAGCCUGAAACUUGAGGCAGAUGACUUGGAGAGGGCUCACAGAGCCCUAAAACCUAUGCCAAAACCCAGCGCCCCCCCAAGAGACAUCAUUGUAUGCUUCACACGCUACAAAAAGAAGGAAGAGGUAUGGUACCACCUCAGAAACUCAACCAACCUUCGAUAUGGAGAAAUCCCCAUACUGGCCUUACAGGACUUAUCUCAGGAUACCCUAAACCGAAGGAAAAGCUUGCGCCCAUGCACCCAGCGUCUCCAACAAGCAGGGAUCAAAUACCGAUGGGGCUUCCCCUUCCGCCUCAUUGUAACAACCAAUACAACACAACACAUGGCUACCAACAUACCUGAGGCCCUGCAACUACUAAAGAACCUUGAACUCGACCUCCCACCGGAAUGGCAACCGACAAACCCACCAAGUGACAGCCCCAACCAUGAGGAAACAACAGCAAACAACUGGACGACGGUACAGAAGAAAAAGAAACAGAAGCGGCACAACAGUGCAAACCAAUACAGAGAAGCAUCACGCUCAGAAUCGUCCCGCCGGCCAUAUGACACAAGAAACCAGACCAAGAUUAACCAAACCAACUCAUCGCAGAUGGACAACCCUACAACAACAACAACCCCAGCUGAAUGAAGCAACCAGGAAAAACCACAAACUGAAGGACUGGUGAUUCCCCCCCCCCUUUUCCCCCUCUCUCCCCCAAAAAACAUAGAUUUCGUUAACACCAUCAACAUCCUCCCCCAGCCCCGCACCCCCACAGAAAUCCCCGCCCCAACACCAGUCCAGACGACCUCAACCACAUUCCACAUCACCCACACCUUCAACAUCCCCAUACCCCAUACUAAGAAAAAACAACUCCAACCUUAAUAACACAACCCACAGUCAGGCUAAAAUCUGAUACCCAACCAGCACUAUGGUGGCACCAGAGCGUACCAGCACCCACAUCCCCACCCCAACACACCAACAAUGUUGCUCAUAACAUUGGCAACAUUGCUUACGAACCUUAUACCUGACAGCGACGUUACAAAGUCACUUCACACUGUCUCACUGAUCACCCCCUAUCGCAAACAACAGGGGGGAUGGCCUGUCCUUGAACACGGCCUUCCACACCAGCUGAGACCUAGGACCAACCGGCUAAAUGCCAGAUGGCCUAAAAUACCCCAAACAAACACCUAUAUGACUACAUAUAGGAAACUCUCUACAACUUACCCCCUACUCUUUAACCCAAAUCUUACUCUAAUCCCAUUAGCCCCCCACCCACCACACCCUAGGUCAGCGCAACCCCACUGGUACUUUAAACAACACGAAGAGAGAGAUACAAGACAACCCAAACGGGUUGGCAGGGACUCGCCCCCCAGAAGAGCUAAGCAAGAUGGCUAACCUAAAACCAAUUACAUUAAACUUGAGCGGUCUGGGAAACCCCAUCAAAAGAAAACGCCUCACCUCAUACAUAUACACCAUGAAACCACACAUCACAUUCCUACAAUAAAUACACAACCCACCCAAAGGCUGCAAACUCCUGAGCGACCCCGCUUCAGUCAACAGUGGGUCGCACGAGGCUCAGGGAAAGCUCGUGGUGUAGCCAUAAUACUCAGUAGAGACCUGAACUUCACUGCCACAACAGUCCUCAAGGACAAAAAGGCAGAUUCAUUUUCGCUAAAGGGACACUAGAUGGCAAAAUCAAACUGACAAUUGGCUCCAUAUAUGCCCCAAACACGAAACAAUUAGAAUUCUUCCAGAAGACACUAAACAAAUUCCUCUCCUUCUCUGAGGGGAAGCAAUCCUAGGAGGGGACCUCAAUCUAAAUAUGAAAGGCAUAGCCCUGAAAGAUAUCCACCCUACAACCCCAUGGGCAACCUUCCUCCGAAGGAAACCCCCAACAACUAGGAACCCUUACAAGUUACUAAAAAUGCUAAAAAGCAGGGGUCUCUACGACAUUUGGGGUGAGCAAAACCCGGAGACAUCAGCCAUACAUUCCAAUCGGGACGCCAUGAUACAGUAUCCAGACUGGACAGCAUUCUACUCACACAGGGUCUGAUCCCCUCAGUGGAAUCAACAAACAUAGGUAACAUUAAAAUCACAGAUCACGCCCCAGUAGAAGUCAUCGUUAAAAUAGGAGAAGGAACACAAACCACCCCAUCAUGGUCCUUCAGUCCCAUCCUAACUACAAACAAACAAAUUAGAGAGAGUCUCACAAAAACCCUCCAAAACUACUUCAAGGAAAACGAUGUAAACAAUAUAACAACCCCCCUCCUAUGGGACGCAAUGAAAGCGGUCACCAGAGGAGCUUGCAUAAAGAGAAAACAUUCCUUAAAAACAAACCUCCUCAAGAACUAGCAAAAUAGAACAAGACAUCACAGCCCUCUCAUCACGCUACAAACAAACAGGAUCUAAAAACUCCUCAAACUUAUGGAACAAAAAAGGAGAGAACUAGACUCCUAGAAAUUAACAAAACAAUGAUCAACAUUCUAUACUCUAAACAACGUUUCUACGAAUAUGGAGGAAAAACUCCAGAUUACUAGCAAAUAGAUGCAGGAAAAAGCACUCAAAACAAGAAUACACUGCAUCACCAAAAAGACGGCAACAUAACAUUCUCCCCGUAGAAAUAAACUCAGAAUUUGCAGAAUUCUACUCCAACCUAUACACCUCCCAUAACCCACCAGAGAAGGAAAUCAAAAAAUUUCUAGCAGGACUGUCCAUGCCUACCCUAACUAAUGAGGAACAGGAAUUCAUGGACAGCCCUAUCACCCCAGAGGAAAUAGAUGCGGUCCUCAAAAACCUGAAACCACACAAAGCCCCAGGCCCAGACGGCUUCACAGCAGAAUUCUAUAGGAAAUUCAAAGAACCCUUGAUGCCCUACAUGACCCGCCUAUUCAACGACAUCAUAAAAGGGGCCCCAUCCCCAAAACCUGGACCCACUCCAAAAUAGUCUCCAUCCCAAAACCACUAAAAGACAGCCUCAAAGUAGAAUCAUACCGCCCAAUCUCAUUAAUAAACCAAGACUACAAGAUAUUCACAUCAAUCUUGGCCAACCGCCUAAAAACCUUCCUACACAAGUUAGUAGCCCCAGACCAGACUGGCUUUGUCCCUGGCCGCAAUAUAACAGACCCCAUCAGGAAACUACUGAACCUGAUCGAACACAGCAAGGCAACCAAACUCCCAUUGACAAUUAUGUCCCUAGACAUCCUCAAAGCCUUUGAUUGCUUAGAGUGGAAAUACAUAUUAGCAGUACUAACUAACAUGAAAUUUGGCCCCAACUUCCUACAAAUUCUCAAACAAAUAUACUCCCAAGCCUCAGCAAAAUGCAGAACUAACAAUAUGGAUUCUAAUACUAUAGCUAUCCAAAGAGGCACUGAAACAAGGAUGCCCACUGUCUCCCUUCUUAUUUAUCCUGGCUCUGGAACCCUUAGCAAUCAGCAUCCGAGCAGCCACAGACAUCAAGGGAGUGGAAAUAAAAGGCAGAACCUAUAAAUUAGGGCUCUUUGCAGAUGACCUAAUGGUCACAACACCAGACCCCAUAAGCACAGCAACCUCCCUAAUCAGAGAACUCAACACAUUUGCAAUGGUGUCGGGCCUACAGGUAAAUUUUACAAAGUCAGAAGCUAUGUGCUUCAACACCCCUCCUCACACCCAAAAAGAACUCACGAAGGUCACCAAAAUAAAACUUUGCCACACCAAGUUCAGAUACCUAGGGGUACAAAUAACCAGAAACCUCAAUAAAUUGUACCUCCACAACUACAAGCCCCUGUGGCGACAAAUUAACAAAGACCUAAAGAGAUGGAAUAACAUGAAUUUCACUCUCUCAGACAAAAUAGCCAUGAUCAAAAUGAUCACACUCCCAAAACUAACCUACCUAUUCCAAACCCUCCCAAUCUGGAUCCCCUCAACUCAACUCGCAGUUGGCAGAGAAAACUACACUCUUUCAUCUUCUCACAUAAAAACCAAGAAUAAGCCUCAAAUACCUGCACCUCCCCACCUCAGAAGGAGGAUGGGGAAUCCCCAACAUAGAAGCAUAUUACAAUGCCAACCAAAUACGCCAUAUAAUCCCAUAUAUACUAGAAGAUGAGACAAAACAAUGGGUACACCUAGAGAGGGACACAAUUGAAAAUACCUGCACCACAACAUACCCAUUCCUCCCAAACAAACUAAAGAAAAUUCCCACAACACUUAACAGGUACACACAGACCAUGCUCAAAGCAUGGAAAACACAAAUAGGCAAACUAUCCCCAACCCCAUCCCCACUAAUCCCCCUGGCGUACCACCCAUUAUUCCACCAUGCAGCACAAAACCUCCAGAUAAAAACCUGGCAAACCAAAGGCUUAUAUCGCCUAAUAGACUUUUAUAAAAAUAACAAACCCUUGUCAACACAAGAAAUACAAGACAAACUAGAAGACACCCAAAUGCCCUGGUUAACACAACACCAACUACAUGCCCUCUUAAACAACCCAACAGUAAAAUCAGCAGCAACUAGGCCCCUGACAACCUUCGAAAACCUCCUCCUAACAACAAAAGGAAACGGUAAAGGGACGGUAUCCGCAAUAUACAAAAUACUACUCCAAAAUCCCGCAAAUCCCUAGAUGCAAUCAAAAAACAAUGGGAGAAUGACAUAGGCUAUGAGAUUAACCCCACUCAAUGGACCAGAAUGUGGUCUAAACCCCCUUUAAAUCCAUAUCAACGAAAAGAAAAGAACUCACACUGAAACUCACCUACAGGUGGUACCUAACACCAAGGAAACUAGCGCUAAUACACCCAGGAACCUCACCAAAAUGCUGGAGAGGGUGCACCUCCACAGGCACAUACCUCCACAUGUGGUGGGAGUGUCCCAAAAUCCAACUAUUCUGGACAACAGCCAUACAAGAAAUAUGUAAAAUAACUAAGCAAGUAAUAGACAUCACCCCAGAAUUGGCCCUACUAAACAUCUUCCAAGACAACAAUGCCCAUUUACACCACAAAGAACUCAUAACCCACCUACUUUCAGCAGCCAGAAACACCAUAACCAGACACUGGAGAGACCUGUCAGGAGUAAACAUGGACCAAUGGUACCAAAUAGUAUGGGAAACAGCCCUACUAGAAAAAUUAACUAAUAAACUGAAACUGACACGGGGACAAACAGAAGAAGACGUCUUCACCCUGGUAUGGCUCCCCUUUAUCACAUACACAGCCCAACAGGACAAUGACAAUAAUCCACCAACAGCAUACAAAUCAAUAUGGCUAACCUGAUCCAAAACACCCACCCACCUCACUCACACACGAAAACAAAGAUCACCACAGCCAAUCACAAGCAGACAAUCACACCCUAGGCCAACCCCAACCUCUCUCACCACGAAAGGAACACAAGUGAACAACACAAGCAACGCUGACACCAAACUCUACAUACAUUAAACAUAAUAGAAACACCGCCACCCGACCCCACCCCAUCCCUCUUCCCUCUCUCCCCCCCCUUUCUUUUUCCUUUUUUUUUCUUCUCCCCCCUAAUGCCUCAACAAAUGAAAUGGAUUUGUAAAAAUGUUACAUGAAAAAAAUAUAUAUACGAGGCAGUACACUUACUUCUGUAAAACAAGAAAAUCCUUAAUAAAAUAUUUAAUAAUAAAAAAAAAAAAGUUAUGUUUGUUCUCAGCUGAUCUUGGUUCAAAAUUGGCCUAACAUAUAAUAUAAUGGACCAUAGGCAUUCAGAAUGAAAUAUAAAGCUCUGUGACUGUUUUGAAGAUGUACUGGUGAAGUGAAGGCCAACAGAAUAGGCUGUAUGAUGACAUAUGAAAAUAACUAUUAAAUGCUUGUUUCAUAUAUAUCUGGUUCACACGUCACAUUAAACCAUAGUUAAAUGUGAAAGUACAGUGUGCUAGUGCACGCUGCUGAAAUUAUAAGCACUUUAUUCUUCCCUUGCUCAUCCUGACAUCAAGCAAACUAUGAGUCUGGGUUCAGAUGUAAUGACAAGCAAGACUAUAGCUUAUUCUCCAGCAGGAUGGAGGAGCAGGAGUGGGGGAGGAAAAAAGUGCCUAUUAUAUAGAAGCUUCUCCCCCAUUCAGCUGUGCUUUUUUCAUGCAACACAAAGGAGAAAUAGAGUUAAAAUGCUGCCAUCAGCAUAAAACAGAAGUAGUAUCUUGGUAUUUAAAACUAAACCAGUUGUUGCCAUGGUUGCUUGAGAUAUGUGUCUACACAAAUCUGAAACCUACUUUUCUGUGUUCAGGGACCGACCCCUCUGGAAUAUGAAAAACUAAUGUUUGGGGGGGGGGAUCUCAUCCCUCUGUGGCCCUGACUGUGUUUUUCUGGAGAACAGGCUGCCUGUCUGUCUAAGAGAGCUAGCUCAGAAAUUAGCACAUUUCUUGGAAAACUGGCAGAAGGAGAAGGCUGGAGUGGGGCGGGGGGGCGGGGGAGAGAAAAUUUUACUCUUUCCUCUUUAAAAUACAGGAAGGAGGAGGCUUCACCAGGCAAGGAUCGCUGAAUGAGGUGGGGGUGCAAAGAUGACUGCCCAAAACUGAAAGUUCUAGGUAUAAGGCUGAGUUUACCCUAGCAAGGGCCUCUCUGGGAAUUGCACUGCUUUUAGAGGUCUCAGUCACAUUGUCUUUUUUUAAAAAAAAAAAGCUAAUAAGAGUGGAGUGGUACCUGGAAGGUACACAAAUAAGAGAUGAAUUAACUUUUCUUUUUGGCAAAGGAGUUUGUGUGCUGAAUUCUAGAGUGUGUUGCAGUACUGAGAAAUUCAGGACUGUUAUCAGUCAGUUGUUAAAUGAUAUAUGGCUGUCCUGAUUGAAUAAAAAUGAUCCCAGGCCAGAGUAUAGAAGGGUGGGAUACUCCCUUUUCCAUUUCAAAGGGUGCUAGUAGGAACUGCAGAUUCACUUUGUGCUAAGUAAUUAGACAUUGCCACUAAUCUUUCCAGGCAAAAUAAGAACUUUUUACCCAAUAUAAUGAUGUGGAGGCUUCAAAUGGAAGUGAGCUGCUACUCUGUGGCAAUGAAACCAUGUGGCCUGUCUUGGUUUUUUCUUUUUUGUUUUGUUUUAAUUAAAAUGCAAGAUUUAUUUGUUUGCUUUGAACAAUCUAUCUUUCUCAUAUGCAGAUUGACUUGGAGAGUAUUUUUUCGCUUAACCCAGACCUUGCUCCUGAAGAAGAUGAUCCCAGCCCAGAGACCCCACCACCUCCAACACCUUCCGCUAAAGUGAACAAAAUUGUGAAGGUUGGUAAUAUAUAAUGCAAUGUCAUUUACUCUUGUUCAGUUUGCCUGUUGCUACAUGAUGUUCUUUAUUUCAGAAUUCUAGGUUUAGUUGUUCAAUGGUUUUUAUAGGCAGUGCACAGAGAUGAAUUCUUUAUUGACCUUUGCCUUUCUUCAUGCCAACAACACAUUUUAUAUAGCACGGGUCUCCUCCAUGGCCCAAGUUUUACCAGUGAGUGGGGCUGUUCACAUGACAUCAAGUGACCUAUUUUACCCAUGCAGUUUGAAUCAAAUUGUGCAGGCAAAGGCACAGUGCUCUGUAAGCCUUGACAAUGAGCUGACCCCUUUUAGGCCCAACCAUAUCUUUACCUGCCUCACACCUGAUUACCAAUAGCUUAACAUAAUUUGCUAUUUUACAGCUCAUUUACCCAGUUUGAAAAGAUUCAUUUGCAGGCAAGCUAUAUAUCAAUUGGAAAUGUAGAGUAAGUUUGCUGUUUUUCUUGGGGAAGGGUGUAAAGGAUUUCUGAUAAUUUUGUUGUCUUGCUGAUCCUCCCUAAUUGCUGAAGGGCUAUGAAUGAGCCGACUACUUAGUUUUAAAAAAGGAAAAAACCUGCAGAUUGCCUAACAAAUUAACAGUGUCUGUCUUUCUCUAGAAUCGAAGGACAGUGGUACCUGCUAAAGUUGAAGCUCCUACUAGAGACAACAGAGGUAAGUUAGCAAAUGAUUUAUAUCCCAUUUGAAAAUGCAAAAAGUAAGGCGAUAAAUUCCACUUUAAUUGUCCAGAUCUAAUAGCAAAACAUUUUGUCUGUGCCUUACUUCCCUGUAAGCUCACUGCCUGGUAAUUUUGUUUUACAUUUUACCUGCACUCAACCACCUAGGAUGUCCAGAAUUACAAAAGGAGUUACUUCUUUUGUUCUUGAGUUUAUUCUAUAGUUGGCCCGCUGUGAGAGUAAGGACCUUUCUUCUUUGUCUCUGAGUAAUCUUGCAGUUGUAUAGACAAUUCCCGGACCACUCAGAACACAUCAGCUACUGAUAAGCAACCUGUCCUUUCAUAUCCAAGUUAUUUUUGCUUCUUAUUUGCAGACUUGCUUUCUAGUUGGCUGAUAGAGGGAACUGCAGAAGAGAACUUAAGCAUUUGUUGUAUUCAAGCCAUUUGAGCAUGACAGCAGAGAGGGCUUGAGGGAGAGAGGGAGAAAACUGCCUGGGAUGAAAAUCUCUUUGUAGUUCAUCCCUGUCCUGUUCUUUCACUUCACUCCCACACCAACCAGAGGAUUUGGUAAAUACUCCUCUGCUCCACCUCCUUGAUUUAUCAGUUCCAGUAGCAGUAUGAAUAUUUAUACCUAAAUAGGCUGUGGGACUCCUCCUACAAUCUGCAUGCAUGUGUAAUAUCUGGGCUGAUAUACAGAUAAUAAGACCCAACUAGUUCCUCACAAAGGUUCAUGGAACAUGUGAUUAACUUACCACCAAGCCCUCUAUUUUUUCCUCCCUGAUGCAACUUGUUUUGAAAUAUAAAGGGAGAAUUGCUUCAAUAGUUCUGCUGGCCUGGAAACAACAUCUACCGAUGUGUCAUAUUGAGGGAUUAAUUUCAUCCCCCCCCACCAGCAGCUGAUAAUAGUUCAUGUAUAUUUGAUUCUCAUAUUGGUUUGUCUCAUAGCAUAGUCGCCUAACGUACCGGUUUAUGUUCUAAAAAGAGUUUUAUAAAGUUUUUCUUAAUUAUAAGUUGUUUUGGUUUUACACAUUAUUCUGUUGAUUAACUAAUCGUUCUGUUUAGAAAUUGGUGCAGUUCCUUCUUUUCUGUUUAUGCUCACUCUCUUAGUAAUUUUUUUGUUUUUUUGUUUUUUGCAGUGGUUGGUUCUGCACGUGCGCGGCCUACUCAGCUUCCUGAACAGUCUUCCUCUACACAACAGAAUGGUAGUGUUUCAGAUAUAUCUCCAGUUCAAGCUGCAAAAAAGGAAUUUGGACCCCCUUGUAUGUAAAUCAUGUAUCAAGGAUUCAUUCAUUUUAGGCAUUACAUGUACAUUCUCUUGGGCAAUUAUAUAAAUUCAUAAGAAGUGAGUUGUCUGCACAAUGUUAUGCUUACUUAGAGAAAUCACAAUGUGAUUGUUCUUCCACCGUCCUGUUGGUAACGAGAGUAUCUGUUAGUUCUGUUAGUUCUUCUAAAAUAAUGGCCCAUUAUUGAAAAUUGACCAGACCUUUUAUUAGGUCAAACCAAGAGAAUAACAUGUAUGUAAGUUGGUGCCUGCUGUGUGUUGUUACAUUUCCCUGUCCAUAUCCCUUAAACUGUGCCUGUAGAGUUGAGAGAACUACACUGAGGUAGUAGGGAGGUUAACAUUGACCCCAACUUCAUUGGCUUACACAGAGUUUGACUUGGUAUAGGGCAAGAAUGUGACUUUCCUGCAGCUCUGCUGCUGUCAGCUUUAUUACUCAGCCCACAUUCUGGAGAAAACAUGACGGGGUAGAAAACAGGCUCAAAGCAGCUAUGGUACAACUGCAGUGAUCAUUCCUGUCAACCUUGGAUGAGGCAGGCAGGACAACCCCUAAGCAGGGCUGGACCUUAAAAUGACCCUCCCUUUGCCCCCCCCCCCAUUCCAGCCCUGUUAACCCUCAUCCAAGGAUCCUAUCAUAUGCCUCCAAUGCUAGUCAUAAAACUGUGGCAGAAACAGAAAACAUAGAAACAUAAUAUUGCUAUGGUGAAGGCAGCCCCCCUGCUUACUAGGCCAAUCAUUAUUGAGGGUAAAAUUCCUUCCCAGUCUUGUCAAUCUAAUGACUAAUGUAUGUCCAUAGCAAGGUAAUCGAUGAGUACUGUAAAUGAGACAGAAUGGAUGGGAUGAUGAAGUCGUUGAGAUUAAACUGGACCUCUUAACCUGUAGCCUGGGAUUGGACAAGAAGGAUGAACUUCUGUCUCUGGUUCACAGCAAAGUACUGCCCCAAGCAAUCUGCCAGCACAGCUAGGCAUUGGGGGACCAGCCAGGUGGAACAGGAGCUACAGCAUGGCUGAAAGGUAACCAUACUGUGUUCCACUUAGCAAUGCCAGCAAGAUAUCAGCAAUAACUUCAGCUGCCCCCCACCUCACCUUGUAUCAGCACAAAAUGAGCUGUGUAAGUGAGGACCCAGGACUGUUCUGAAAGUAAUCAGAUUGCCGAAAUUAAGCCCUGUUUAUGCUGAACAUCUUAGGAAGUUCAAUAACGUAAGCACUUCUCAGUUUCAGUGGUAAAAUGAUUUAAAAUUUGAAGUAGAAUGCAUAUAAAAGAAACUUGCUUUUCUUCCCCUUUAAGCACGUAGAAAAUCAAAUUGUGUGAAAGAAGUUGAAAAGUUGCAGGAAAAACGUGAGAAACGAAGAUUACAACAGCAGGAACUUAGAGAGAAACGCGCUCAGGUUUGUUUUUAUAGUUUUGUUCACAUGCUCGUAUUUAUAAUCUGUAUUCUAGCAAGUUACUUCAACUAAUGUUGAAUUUCCUGGCUCAUUAGCUACUUCUUCCUAAGAUGGUGUAGGCAAAUCAUUACUGCGUACUUGUUACGAGGAUGCCAUAUUUGAGAAAGUGAGGUUUAAGAAGUGUUACUUAAAUAGCUCUGUAAGCAUCUCAGUGAGUAGAAAGUGAACACGAUGCUACAAUCUUUAUUUCAAAAAGUUGCUAAUCUUAAGCAAAUCCGUUAACAUUAAUGAGUCUUGUCACAAAGCAGGAGCUUUAGAAGAACCACUUGCAUAAUCCUGUUGGCAGCUUGCAUGUUAUGUCCCCAUGUAUUUUCAGUCUCUUAUUGACGUAACAAGAAAUAUUGGUACUCAAGCAACUUGAUGUUGUACUGGUGGUCCUAAGCUGCUGAAGAUUUUUCUGUCCCUAGUUGUCAGAAAUUAGCAAGGAACAAACUUUGUUCCUUUUCAUGAAAAAGAACUUAAUACGCAGAUUGUAAUUUUAAAGUCUGCAUGUGUGCUCUGAUGCUGAAGGAUGGGAGUGGGUUUUCAUGCAGCUGAGCACCCGGAAACACCUUACCUUUGAAGUCAGUUGGACUGCCUUUACUUAUUCAGGAAAUCAGAAAAAGCCAGCUUAUGUUAAAAUGUGACAUCCAGUUUGAGUCCUUUAAGGCGUCUUUGAAUAUUUUGCAUCUAAGUAAAUCAAGCAGAACAUGAAAGGGUCUGGAGAACCCCCAGUGUGGUGCCCAGUUGGUGUGGGGAGAGGAGGGAUUGUUCCAUUCUGGACAAGAAAUGCUUGUGCUGAUGGAAUAAUCAGAAGGGUGUAAUGUUGAAUCCCUCCCUUAUAUUUUUUUGAAGAAGAAAAUGUAGUUGAUAUAUUUUGGGUGUUGUUGAGCAACAGAAGCACUUUUGAGUGCUCAACUUAAUUAGCCAACUACAAAUCUAUAUUAAUGAGGAGUGGUUUUCAGUAUCUUUGUCCAAAUGAUUCAAGUAUACACGGAAUCAAAUAUAUUUUACAUAGGAGGGUCUGGAAAAGAGAAGGAAGCUUAUGCCUUGUUCCAAGAUGAAAUAUUAGCAAGCAUAAUUUUUGCAAUUCUUUAAAAAAAAGUUUGGGAAAAUGUCACGAAACUGGCAAAAAUGUUGUUAAAUUGCAAACAAAAAGGUAUCGUAUCAGAAGAUAAUAUAUGAGAGAGAACUAUUCUAUCUUACAAAGUUGACAGCUAUUUCCCCCCUUUUAGGAAGUUGAUGCUACAAAUCCAAAUUAUGAAAUUAUGUGUAUGAUCAGAGAUUUCAGGGGGAGUCUGGAUUAUAGACCACUGACAACUGCAGACGCAGUAAGUUUUGCUUCAACUCUCACAGUGUGAGAAUUUGGGAAAGUUUAAAAUAGUAAAUGACAGUGUGAUGUGGCCAAAUAAUAAACACCAUAUUUAUUCAAGUCUAAUGCACAUCUUUUUUUCUCUUUUUUGCCAAAUUAAGCUGCAAAAAAUUGGGUGCGCAUUAGAUUCUAUGGUGCAUUAGACUUGAGUAAAAUAUGCAGCUCACUGCUGGCAAGGUGCGUGUGCGGCUGUGCACUCCUCAAUGGAGAGGUGGAACGGAGCCUGCACCCACUGCUGGCUAGCGGGCUCGCCUUGCCUGGCUCCUCUCCUUGCCAGACCUGUAGCCACCUCAAAACUUUCAGCCUGUCUGUUGUAAAGAGUACACCUUUUGCCUAUGCACAUUACAUUCGCCAGCAAGUUCUUCUUUGCUUUCAAGGUUCUGAAAAUUGAGGUGCACAUUACAUUCGAUGACACAUUAGACUCGAGUAAAUACAGUAUGUGGUGAGGCUUAUAUUGUAACUGUUGUACUUCCGCAAGCUUUUUGGUUUUAAUAUCCUCUACAUUGACAAAGAUAUGUGUGGGUGUCAUAUAUUUUGGUGAGCUGGGAACUGGCAAAUCUCAGUCAUGGCAACCUGUAAUCUCAGAGGCUCCUAAAUGCACCUUUGAGAUUACAGUAGUUAUGGCUGGAGACUGUAAGAUCUUAAUUCUUUUUCUAAACCUGUUCCUGUUUGUGAUAAAAGUGGCCCAGCAUAAUAUCUGAUCAAACCUUAACAUGAAUAAUUAUGCAGAUGGCUUGCAUAACAAGUAAUUCAAAUAGCAACAUGCAAACAUUUUUAUCACUUUUCAGGUGUUUUCCAAAUGGCCAGGAGAAUCUGCAUAGACCACAAUGAUAUUGAGCAUAGUCCUGAAAAGCUGUAAGGAAUAUGUCCUGCAGUUUGAGCUUUUGCUCUGUGGAGGGCUGAACCAUGUGUGUCUACAGUAUUUUAUUUCAAGGUCACGUGUGAGGCUUAUCUCACUAUAGAUACUUUUGUAACAGAGUAAACUCAUUGAAAUUAAUGAACCUGUUAGCUGUCUAUUAAUUUCAGUAGAACUAAGGUUGGCUAUAACCUACUGCUGAAUCCUUUUCUUUUUGAUCACGUACAUCACUAUGAUUAUUGAAAUAAACUGUCUUUAAGUUUCUGUUUCAGAAUUGGUUCAGAAUUACUAAUUUCAUUUACUCUUUUUUUUUUUUAAGAUUGAUGAGCACAGGAUAUGUGUGUGUGUAAGAAAACGACCACUAAAUAAAAAAGGUAGGCCUCUUUUUAAUAUGCAGGCUUUUAUCUAGUUUCUGGGAGGUGGGUAAUAACUUUAUUUUAUAUUUGUCUUGAGGCCACAUGCUGAGUUGAUUUUUUUCAGGCUGCCCCGAAAGGUUUCCAUAAGGGAGGGUGAAUAAGUUUUAUCAAGUGGGUACUAGGAUAACCAAGCAUUUGGAUUUCUCCUAGAGCACAUUUGGAGCCAAGCUACUGAUAAAAAAUAAUGGACCAUUUCUGGUUUACACACACACACACACACACACACACACACACACAGACACACACACACACACAAACAAACUAUAAUUUUGGUUUUCUGGAUGUGCUUGUAUAGGCUAGAUUGAACCCAGAAACCUUCUUAUUUGGUCAUAUCUAGAAGUGAUGUCUCCUUUUAGCAUGGUUCUGUACAUAUGGACAUCACAAUUUGUAAAGAGGGCCUGUCUUUUCCAAGGUCAAGGUAACUUACACGAAAAGUACAAUAAUCAAUGAAAAAAGGAACUUUCCCUUCCCUUCCCUUCCCUUCCCUUCCCUUCCCUUCCUCUAUGUAAGACCGAGUAGCAAUACAGACUUCGGUAUCUAGAAGGAUUUCAAAAAAGUCUUCACGUUCCCUCUGAAAUGCCAAGAGGAAGGCAGGCCUAGACUAUUUGAGUUCUCUAAGUUAAAUAUAGUACCCCCCCCAAAAAAGAUGAAAUGUUGUGGCAGUAUUUUACCAAAGUGAAGGUUAUUUUAUUCAUCCAAACCUCAAAUGCCUGGUUCUAUGUAAGUAAGACUUCUGUUCAAAGAAACACCUAGUUUAUUUAGAAGCUUCUAAUGUUCCCAUAACUAAAUUAGGUAUUAGUGUAAAUGCUGAAAUUGUGAUGGAAUUUCUCUGGGGAGGGGAGUGCUUGGGAAUUAUGUAAUGAGAUGGUUACAUAAUGUUCCAUUUGAGUGUCUUGUGAAGAGCAAUGAUGCAUUAAAUAUUAUGAUGCUAGCAGCUCUGUAGAGCGCAUUUAGCUAUAACUUAAGUUCUGGGCAUAUUUGGCUUUCUUCAUGCAGGUCCUUGAGCAUCACUUUGAAUAUUAUGGUAUUAUGGUUUGGAGCGAUGGUUCUCAUGUUAUCUCAUAUAAUGAUGAAAAAAUUACCUCUGCAAUAGAAAUCAAUUUAAAAUUUGGGGUCUGGUUAAUAUUAGUCCAUGAUUAAUCAGACACUCCCUCCUCUUCCAUCAGUCUGUCCAGGUUCUAACCUGCAGUCAUUGCCAACAUGCAGUUCUAGGGCUCAGACGCAUCUGGAGUAUCAAGAAAAUAGGGAGACUGUCCCACAUAAUUUGAUAACCUGUUAGUCAUGGCAAUGCCAAUGCCAAAGCCAACCAAAUAAUGUGGGAGAAGAAUACAUCUUUCUCACAGGAGCUGGCAAGAGUAGGAGAAGAGUUGAUGUAUCUUCCCCCAAUUGUAAUGGGGCUUAUCUAUCUAUCUAUCUAUCUAUCUAGAUAAGGGCUUAUCUAUAGUUGCCUUUCCUCUGCGCUUUCUGAGUACCCUUUUUUUCUUUUUGCUCUGGAGCUUUACCUGGAAGAAACUUGCUCUUUAUAGCUCAAUCGGAGCAAAUGGCAAUCUGCUGAAAACCCAAAUUGCUGCUUUCUCAAAUUUCGCUUUAAAGGGUGGGUUUUCGUGGGGAGAGCUCUGGAGCACAGAAAUCAAAAGGUGGGGGGGCACUCUGACAUGAAACUUUAAAGCAUGGACCUGUGUCUGAAAGAGUAGGGAAAACAGCAGGCCAAAAGGCAAAUGUGGAUAAGCCCAUAAGAGAUAUGGGAUGGGGGAGAGCACUUGCACAGGUUGCUGAACACUUCCAAGGCUAGGAAGGCAGGGCUGAACAGAAAACAUUCUGGAGCUCAGCUUAUUUUGUCGGGAACCGAAUCCAGGUGGUAGAUGGAUGACAAAGGGCCAAUUUCUAGCACUAAGAUAACUUUGGAAUUAUCCUGGUCUCACUAUGUGUAAUCAGGAUGAUCUCACACCUCCCAUAGAUUUCUGUAUGGCCUCAGUUGAGUUCACGACCCACCGUGUCUGCUCCUUACCUAGGGAAAAGCUGGGUGGAAGUAAUAAAGUGCUGCUGAUGCUUUCAGAGGGUGGUGAUGGGGAUUCCUCCAUAUCUAUACGGCAGUUGUCAAGGCCAUCUUGGUAGUUUCCAUUCCUACUUUGGCUCUUUCUCUACCCUUUUCUCCUUUGUAUUCCUCAGAUGGGGGAAGGGAAGUAGCCUGUUUUUCUAUUCAGCUCUCUGACUCUUCAGAUAUAAGACAGAGGGUCUGUGACAGCUUCCCUUUGAUGUGCUGGACAGUCCAUUGAUGUGGAAGUUGCCCUACUUCUCUACCCUUCAGUUCAGAAUAAGUGUAACCAUCCUGUGGUUAUAUAGGAUGUUACACAUUGACUAUGUCACAGAACUGUUGGAGCCUACUGUUUUUCAGUCACCGGAUUGUAAUGUAGAUUUUAUUAGGAAUGUAGGCUGUAUUCAACCAGUUGAUGUAUUAAUCAACUGAAAUCUAAUUAGUUGUAGCCAUUUACACACACACACACACACUCUCUCUCUCUCUCUCUUACUGCCCUUCACUGUAAGGUCCCAGGGCAGGAUACAACAUUACAAAAAAUUUAAAACAACCCACAGGUAUAAAAACAAGGUGGAUCCAAAAAACAUACACCUCAGGUGUCAAAAGCUAGGGCCUUCAGAUUUGCAGCUGGUCCCCAUAUAGGAUUUGAUAGGAUUUCAUUUUCUCUGUCCUCACCAGGUUUGAUUGGGCAAACUAUUACAAGACAAUAUAUUGAGGAGGUUUGGUGCUAUAAUAAAAGUUUAUUUAAUCAACUUUUCCAGAAUUUUCACCUGGGCAUUCUAGUUUUUAAAGUGAAACAUGAAAUGUGAGCGUCUUUAACUCUCUGAACUUAAAAAUAUAAUUCACUCAGUGUUGUAAAACCUGAAGUUCCAACUUUAUUCUGAAGGUCUGAGUGACUAAGAAUACCCUUAAUGUUUUCAUUUAUAAUGUAAUGAGAUUCAUUGUAAUCUUCCUAGGAGACAGAUCACAAUCUGUUUAUCCUGCUUGUAUAACCAAUAUUAGCUAAAUUAAACUAUAGGGAGAUGUGUGUCUCUGUUGAGUUUUGGCAUGCUACUUAAGAUGUUUAAAAGUUGUGAAUUUGUGUAUUCAGAUAAUUUUUUUAAAAAAGAACAAAAUUGGGGUCUAAUGGGCCUUGAAGUAUAGUCAGGUCUGUAAUAUAGUAUGCCCUAUUGAGCUUUUUCUUUCGAGUAAUAUUUUUCUGUGUUUCACUUGCAAAUAUAGGGCAGAAAUUUCCAUUUUAUUUUCCUGCCGCAUGGUUACAACACUUCUCUCAAAGCUAAAUUUUGGUUGCUUCCCAGUAACUGGGUGGUUAGGUGAAAGGUCAGAAUCAAAACACUUCAAUGUAGAGCUCUUUGUAUGAGAAACCUCAAUAUAUUCUGAUUUCUGUCCUGAGGGGUUUUUCCCCCUCACAGAAAUAGGACACAUUAAUGCAUUUGACUGUACAUACAAAGCACCUUUUGUUUGCAUGUCUCUUGGAACAUUGGGCUUUGUGUAUGUUGUUGCUGACUCAGGCAUUUCAUACAAUUAACAAUAGCUAAUAUUAAUGAAUGCACAAACUGAUGAAAUCAAGUUGGCUAUCUCCUGUUCCCUUGAAGAUGGGUAAUGAUUUCUUUAUGUACUGUUCUUGCAACAAGCUAUUUAUGCAUGCAGAUUAAAAAAAACACAAAUAGACUGAAGAUGAUUCUAGUUUAAACUGAACAGCCUGAAAAUACAUGUACAUAUGUAUUUUUUUUCUUCCAAAGAUGCACGUUAUAGCAAUACCAGAUUCACAUAAAUUGCUUUGAAAAGAUUUAACUAUUUUGGAUGUAUGACUAAUGUCUCAAUUAAUUGUGAAGUUUGUAUAUCGAAAAAAAUUAAUUCACAUUUAAUUGCUUUUUUAGAAACUGUAAUGAAAGAUCUUGAUGUAAUAACAAUCCCUAGCAAAGAUGUUGUGAUGGUACAUGAACCCAAACAAAAGGUAGAUUUAACACGGUACUUAGAAAACCAAACUUUCCGCUUUGACUAUGCCUUUGAUGACAGCGCUCCUAAUGAAAUGGUGUACAGGUAUGUGUUCCUUGUCCCCAUUUUGAAGUUUUUUGCUGUUUUCUCCUGUCAGUAAGCUGAUGUUCUGUUUAACUUGGAUUCCUGUGUGUUGUUACUGCAAUUCCUAUGUGUUUGUCUCUUUUUCUACUUCGUCCUCCCAAAAGAACAUAUUUUCCUAGUUAUAUUUAAACUAUAAUAGCUUUAUCCAUUGUGAGUGUUUUUGUGUCACUGUACUGGGCUUCCCGCUUCUAUUGUGCUUCGGUGUCCCCCCCCCCCCCGCUUUUGGAGGCAGAAGAUAAUUACACAAAGGGGUUAAGACCUCAUUUGGAACUUGAGAGGCAGGUCAGACUUGAAAGAUCUGGGCAGAAGAAAAACAGACUCUGCUAGGGGUUUCUUGAGAAGCUGCUGGUAUUUUUCCAAAGUCAGAGAGGCAAGAAUAAGUCUGGAAAUAUGCUCCUUUAAUGCCACUUCUCUUAAGCUAGUUUGAAAGGAAGGAAAGGCCUGAAAAAUGUGCAAAUGGGAGGGAGUAGGUGGCAGAAAGAAAGAAGAAAAGGUUAGUCCUGCCUACUUAGGACUGCCAUCCUGCCUGCUGCUUGGCAUGCAGCCCCUGACAGAUUACCCACAAGUCAAUGCAGCUCUUGGCAGAAACGGUUGCCCAUCUCUGCUCUUCGUGGUACAGUUUGAAUCUCAGUCUCCUUCUAGGACCAGGAGGAUCCACAAUUCCAUCAAUCGUUACCACUUUCCCACUCCUGCAAUUAGUACAAACAGAGAAUACAGAAAUGUUCAGAAGCUCCAGGUCAGCACUGCAGAGCAAAAGGGCUCUGUGUGCAUCAUUUUAGGUCAAUAGGGAGUGCUUGUUUCUCUAGAACAGGGGUGGGGAACAUUUAGCUUGGGGGUCAGCAAACUUUUUCAGCAGGGGUCCGGUCCACUGUCCCUCAGACUUUGUGGGGGGGCGGACUAUAUUUUUUUUUGGGGGGGGAAUGAACAAAUUUCUAUGCCCCACAAAUAACCCAGAGAUGCAUUUUAAAUAAAAGGACACAUUCUACUCAUGUAAAAACACCAGGCAGGCCCCACAAAUAACCCAGAGAUGCAUUUUAAAUAAAAAGACACUUUCUACUCAUGUAAAAACACGCUGAUUCCCAGACUGUCUGCGGGCCGGAUUUAGAAGGUGAUUGGGCUGGAUCUGGCCCUUGGGCCUUAAUUUGCCUACCCAUGCUUUAGCCUAUAAGCUAGUCUUUGUCGCCCAAUGGGAGAGGUCUGAUUUGGCCCACGAGGCCAUAUCAGUUAUCUUCACUUGGGACAUCAGCUGAUUGAAGGCAGGAUUCAAUACCUCAUUAGCUGUGAGUGUCUGUUGCCAGGAGGGUACAGGUAUCUGCAGUCAGCACAACAAGAUUCAUCCCUCUGUUCGCUGGCUGAUAAGUGGGGGUUUAAUUCUGCCAAAGAAAACCUGUAAAAUGCAAGCAGCUUAUUUGCAGUUUCUGUAGCAGUGGUGACUGGGGUGGGCAGCAAAGGGGGAAAAGGUGAGUCUUUUUUGCUUUGGCCCACCCCCCACUGCUGUUGGAAGUGUGAGAAAGAAGCCUGCAGAAAAGAACUUAUAGGAAUGGAGGAGGACCUAAAGACUUCCUUUGGACUUCUGAAAGCAUUAUUUAGAAGGCAGAAAAUAAGAUCUGACUGCUGCUGAAUCCAAAGUUGAAUGUAAUCUGUGUCAAAGUACUCUACUACUAUUUUUGUUUGUUUGUUUAAACUGCAACAGACAUUUUCAAAGAUUGCUUUUGAUGUUUUUGCUUGGAUGGGGUUAUGCAAGCUUUAUUUCUUACGUAAAGUUUUAAAAAGCUAUUAUACUAGGCACUCUUGGAGGAAACUGAUUUUCUAGAUCCAUUUCAGUCAAGGGUUUAGGCCUGGUUUUGGCACAGAAACUGCUUUGGCUAGUUAGCUUUUGUUCUUGCUUUUAUUAUGCAUUUUGUGUUUUUAUCAUGUAUUUUAUGCUCUGAACCACCCUGAGAUCUAAGGAUGAGGGGCGGUAUACAUAUUUAAAAAAUAAUAUAAUAGCUGUGUUUUUCUUUCUUUUAUUUCUGUGCUAAAGGUUUACUGCAAGACCACUAGUAGAAACAAUAUUUGAAAGAGGAAUGGCUACAUGUUUUGCUUAUGGACAAACAGGCAGUGGAAAGACCCAUGUAAGUAUUUCUGGUGAGCAAUACAUGCUAUUGAAGUGCUUUUAUUAUAACCUGAUAACUAGAAAAGCUUUGAAUGUGUUAACAACAUAAUUGACUCUCUUAAGGGCAAACGCCUGUCAGGGACUGGUGAUACACUGUAAAAUUUUGUCCCAGGUCCCACUUGUGAACCUACUUUAUGGAACUUUAAAGGCUGCUUGCCAACAAACUUCAUUAGAGUUAGAAACACACACAUACAUUCUUAGAGUGUCCACUGUUCCCGUCACUACAAAAUGCUAAAGUACCGUAAUCUGUGUCUUAAGGGAGCAAAUCCAAUUAUUGUUUUUACACAAAGCAGUGGGUCUUCUCAUUGAAAAUAGUUAUUCAUGCAUGACCCUUGAUAACGAGUAUGUGAUGUUUGAUAGUUGCCGUUUUCAUGCUGUUUAUUUUAUUGUAUUAUAUUUGUCUUUAGACAAUGGGUGGUGAUUUUUCGGGGAAGAACCAAGACUGUUCAAAAGGAAUUUAUGCACUAGCAGGUAUGUCCUUUGUCUUUGGGCUUGAUACAAGAGAGUCUGUAUCCUGUACGUAUAGCUAUACACUUUAUGGUAUAUGGGUACCACUUAACAUCUGAGAUUGAGAGAUGUAAUACUAUUCACUAAAUGCAUGGUUAAGUUGGAAGUUGGACCUGUGCGAAACUGCAGGCAGAAGGAAACUGUCAGCAGGGGACUUGCCUGCUUUUUCACCCCACUGCAGCUUCCUGCAUUCCCAAAAGUUGUUUCUGCGGGUCAGGGCAGCCUGUGGAUUGGGGUGUGAAGGGAUGUUGGGUAAAAGGAAGCCACUGAAAAUGGGGCCAAAACGUCUUGCAAGAGCAGUAUCCCUCACGCAAGGUGCUUCUGUUUUAUUUUGACAGUUCCUCUUGCACCCCAUCCCACUUUGUUCUGGAGGCUCCUCUAACCAUCAGAAGUAGCUUUUCUGGAGUUACUAGAGUAACAGAGGGGACGCGGGUGGCGUUGUGGGCUAAACCACAGAGCCUAGGGCUUGCCAAUCAGAAGGUAGGCAGUUCGAAUCCCUGUGACGGGGUGAGCUCCCGUUGCUCGGUCCCUGCUCCUGCCAACCUAGCAGUUCGAAAGCACGUCAAAGUGCAAGUAGAUAAAUAGAUACCACUCCGGCGGGAAGGUAAACGGUGUUUCCGUGUGCUGCUCUGGUUUGCCAGAAGCGGCUUAGUCAUGCUGGCCACAUGACCCGGAAGCUGUAUGCCAGCUCCCUUGGCCAAUAAAGUGAGAUGAGUGCCACAACCCCAGAGUCGGUCACGACUGGACCUAAUGGUCAGGGGUCCCUUUACCUUUAUAGUAACUAGUAACAGAAGGUUACUAUGGGAGAGGGUUGGUGGGGAAGCAUCCUUUCAUGUCCUUUCUUGGAAAGCUUAUAGUCUAACAGUCUAGCUUUCAUCCUGUGAAUCUCUUUGCAUUUUAUCAGCUUCUCUCCAAAACAAAUGCUGUGAAUUUUACCUGUAAAUUUAUGGCCUAUUGUACAGGGUUCUUGCUUGCUUUACAGAAAGCUAAUGCAUGUGAUGCAUGUUAAACACACGAAAACGCUAUAUAAAUGCUCCUUUUUUAUGACUAACCACAUGGAACAAUCCAUGCUACUAUGUGAACAUUUGUCACGGAUGCUUUAGUGAAAUUCUUGCAUUAUAGGGGGUUGACUAGAUGACCCUCAAGGCCCCUUCCAACUCUACAGUUCUGUGAUUCGAACAGCUGUACAUUUAACACAUUUUCUGUCACUCAGUCGAUCUCUUUUUCAUCUAUUCACAGCUAGAGAUGUCUUUUUAAUGUUGAAGAAACCAAACUAUAAGAAACUAGAACUUCAAGUAUAUGCAACAUUUUUUGAAAUUUAUAGUGGAAAGGUAUGUGAUACAUACACAUAUAUCUAUUUUAGAAUAAAAGUCUUAUCUAGCAAAGCUUUUUUUGUCAGGAGUUCCGAGUUUUCGUCUCUGUAUUUAGAUCUCUUUUUUUUUGCAUGGCUGAAUUGUUUUGUCAGACAGGACUAAAGUAAUGUUUUAAAGACCCCUAAAUAAAACAACACCUCUUCUCCCUCUCUUUCCCCUGCUCCCUGCAUAAGGUUUUUGACUUAUUGAACAGGAAGACGAAAUUGAGAGUUUUAGAAGAUGGUAAACAGCAAGUCCAGGUGGUGGGAUUACAGGAACGAGAGGUUAAAUGUGUUGAAGAUGUACUCAAGCUUAUUGAAAUAGGCAACAGUUGCAGGUAGGAUUUUUUUUUAAAACAACCUGGGAGUUUACUUGCCAGAAGAAAACUCCUGUUCUGUAAUAGCUACUGAGAAAUAGAAUGUGUGUGUGUGUGUGUGUGUGUGUGUGUGUGUGUGUGUGUGUUUGUUUUAGGAGCAGUGUUGAUUUGUGUUAUCAGCUUACUGUCUUAAUGUUUUGCUAAUUUAUUGACAUAUUGUUACACUGUUACAUCUGGGUUUCCAACUAAGACUGUAACAUUCAAGUUCAGGCUUAAAAGAAGUUAUAACUAGUACUUGCAUUGUUAUAACUACACUCGCCCCUUCAGUCUGUGUUUAACAUUAGAGUAAAUUCUUUGAAGGUGGUCCAACGCUGAUUUUUAACCCUUGUCUGACUAGCUCAUAUUGUAAGAGCCAAUUUCCCUUGCGCUGGUGUGGUUGUAAGGUUCAAGGAACGUAUUGACACAUGUAUUGGGAGUGUAACUAAGUACACAUGUUCUGGAAGGAGGUUGUAACAGUGAUUGGUAUUGUUGUUGCCAAACAGGGGUCCCUGGACGCUAAGUUAUGUCUCUUACCUACGGUAUUUUUGAUGACACCAAUAUUAACCUUACUCAUCAACACUUUUUUCUAUAUCUGUUGGUUGCUGCUUGUCUAGUGAUCUCUCAAGGAUGGAAGGGCACAUCUUGUUAUUCUACGGAUCUAUGGUUUUAAAAAGUAGUGUUCAUUGCCUUUUUUUGAAAAAAGUGACUCAUAAAAUAUGUGCCACCAUGAGUGAUUUGGACUUCUCCGACUUUGCUUCAGCUUGGGGGCUCUGUUUGUGACUUAACAUGACCAAACAAUCUCAUGGUUGGCACAUUCCCACUAAAUAUAAGUAUUUGGCAAUAAUCAUGAUGAUUUAAUAUGGUUGGUAUUAGUAUGAACCCUGUAUUCCACUAUGGAAUUUAUUUUAUGCCGCUCAUUCUUUUUCAAACUUUCUGUGAUUAUUAUGAUUAUUAUGAUUUUAUUUUUUAUGACUGUUUUAUUCUUUCUUUUACCUUGAUGCUUCGCUUUUGUUUACUGUAAAAUAAAAAUAACUAGUACUUCCUACUAAGAUGUAAAAAUAUUAUUAAGUGAAUUGAAACAAACGUGGUUCAAUGAGUGGUAUAAGAGGAAAAUACAGAUGCUCUUCUACCUCAGUUCAUGCCAUAGUUGAAGAUAGAGCGUAAUUGGCAUAUGUGUACUACAAAUGAGCCCCUUGUUUGUUUUGUAUUGGAAUAGAACCUAAAGUGUGCUUUAAACUACCAACAGAUAGUGUAAGCCUGACAAGCCUUGUGGUGAUGUGUAAUUCAGUUGCGUUUCUCUCCUCCCUUUGCUACAGAACAUCUGGUCAGACAUCUGCAAAUGCACACUCAUCUCGAAGCCAUGCAGUGUUUCAGAUCAUCCUCAGGAGAAAAGGGAAGCUGCAUGGUAAAUUUUCAUUGAUUGACUUGGCUGGAAACGAAAGAGGAGCUGACACUUCCAGUGCCGAUAGGCAAACACGACUGGAAGGUGCUGAAAUUAACAAGAGCCUUUUAGCACUUAAGGUAAAAAAAAAAAAAGCCUCUCGUUGUAUUUGUACCAAAGACCCCCCAGUUUUCCAUAUUGCAGCAAAUGCAGAAACUUCUGAAGGUGAUAUUUGCCUUCCAUGUUUAAUAUGUGUGUUGUUACAUUUGUACAUUCAAAGAGCUCUGAGCAUUGCUUUAGAUUUGUGGUUGAUUUGAGAGCUAGGUUAAGCUGCAGGAGACUGAUUUACCCAAAGCCAAACACCCAGUUUGCUUCCUAGCUUAGCAGUGAUUUACUCCUGGCCCUCCCACAUUCAAGCUACUGAAAUACAUGGAUGCUGAAAAUUUUCAUAAGGUUAGGUAGCUUUGUAGACCUCUGCCUAUACUCAUACAUGGUUUGUGAUUUAUGAUAAGAAUCUUGGACUGUUCAAGAAUUGCAAUAGGUAGCAGUCAAGUCCUCUAGCAGUUGAUGGUCAGGCACAGACUGAAACUGUGGAGUCGGACCACAAUGCGGAGGGCUUGCUCAGCAAUAGUAGGAAGCCAGAACUGUUAAGCUGAUAUAGGCCAGGGUCUGAACAUAAAGCUUGGUACCACUCAAAUGUUGUUGGACUACACUUUCCAUUAGCUCCAGCCAGUAUGGGCUGUGGUUAGGAAUGGUGGAGGUUGUAGUUCACAACAUUUGGAGGGUAUCAGGUUUUGGAAGGGCUGCACUUGGGUGCUAGCUGUAGGAUUUUGGCAUGGGGCUUUUGAUGCUAUCUGUCCAUUGUUUCUGGUAAAAGACUAUGGUCUCUUUGGGUAGUUGACUCUACAUGUGUAUACACAUGUCCAUGUGUGUGUGGAAGUGGUAUGGGAAUGCUCCCAUACAUACUACAUCUCUUUCCCUCCCUUUAGUCUGCAAGUAUUUAUUGAUAAUAUUUAUUUCUAGAAAAAAAUUAUCCUGCCAGUGUUAUACAAACUCACCUUUUUUGUCAAUGUACGUAGAUUUUCUGUGUGUGUAAACCAGCUGUUGCUUUCUCUCUCAAAGAAAACCCUGUAUUGGUCUUACUAGAUAUAUAUCAACCCUAGGGAAAUGUCAAAAUGUAGGAUGAGCCAUCACUAUAGCAUGGAAAGAGGCAGGUAGAGCAAAUAGGUGCAGCUCUGCUGUAAGUUUCCUAGGGAGUAAUAUAUGCAUAAAAACGUGGUUCUAAGUUUAUGGUUGUGUAAUUAACACAAUUGCGCAUGGGAGAAAGACAGACAAACAGUGUGGACUUUGCCUCUGUUUUGGUUUAUUGUGCAUAUUUGGUAUGAUUACAAAAUACACCGAUACAUACUGCAUAACUAAUAUUUAACAAUACAAUGAAGACUCUUGUGACACUUUAAAGUUAGUCCUCUAGAAAUAGUGACACAGUUAGUCCUCUAGAAAUAGUUACUUGAUAAUAUAGUACAGCUGCCCUCAGACAUGCCUAAUUUGACUAACCAAAUAAUAAAACAGAGCUUACACUGAUUUGUGCUAACAAAAUACAACCAGUGCAUGGCUUCACUGUGAGAACAGGUUGUUUUUUAGACAGGACAACUUGCAAUUAGCACAAAAUAUAUACCUAAUGGAGACACACCAAAAUGUCUUAUCCUGCUUUAUAACCCUAUCCCUUGUUUUGCCCUUUCUUCUUUUAACAUUUUGCAGCUAGAUUCAGUGAAUAAAUUGGGUCUGAACAUAAACAACAGCUUCCUCCAAGAAAGGCCAAAUUUUAAAGCUCUUGAAAUUUAGUCUCACACAUUUCCUCCUUAUCUGUAAUGUAGCUAUUUUGCUAGUAUGCACUUCUGCAGUUUGUGUAGCAAGCUGAAAGAUUUAAUUCCACAUUAAAUAUCUGUAAUGUACAUAUUUGUAUUAACCUUUCACCUUUAGAGUCGCUUCAAAGCCAAUUCUUACGCCGACUUUUAAAACUACCAACAUGCGUAAGUAAUGCGGCUAUUCGCUUAGAAAUGAAGAUCCCCUCAGUGGAGUUAGUUUUAUGGAGGAGAGUUUUGAUUUAUUGGAUAUCUCUAUGGCAUAAACUACCGAACCACUAUCUCAUUCAAUGCAUGUGGCGGGAUGACUUUACAAAUUUGUGGUCAGGAAAAAUCCAUGCCAAAUUGCUGUCCUAUGAGAUCUUGCCCACGGAAUUGCUCAAACUGGAUCUAAACGCGGCAAAAAGGUGUAUAAAUCAAAGGCUGGAUGAUGUGGAGCUAUACCAAAAUUUCUUACCUGGUGGUGGAGCCUGCUCCCCGUUAAAUCUCGGCAUAACCCCUAUCUAUCGUGCUCCGUCCUACUUAACAUCGCUUAUAGCCGCAUCUCACCGAUAUGCCUUCAUUAGAGCCAGGUUCAAUGUUUUCCCAACAAACGUGCUGAGACAUAGAUUCACUAAGGGCCAAGUCCCUUCAAUGUGUGCUUGUGAAAUGAAAACAUCUGAAUCUUUACAUCAUGUUAUGUUUAUCUGCCCUAUGUACAGUUUAGCCCGCGCUAGUAUACUAAACUCCAUAAUCCAGCCUAUGGCUGACAAACCAGUAGACCUACAGCUUGCCUGGGUUCUUCAAGAUGUAGAUCCUUAUAUUACUCUACAGGUUGCUAAAUUCCUAACAGCCGUUCUCUCGUACAAGAGACGGAAUGGAAUGUUAACUGAUUAUUGAUAUUUAUAAGAAUUUUUGAUAUUGACAUCAGAAAUUGAUUUAGCGUAGUGCCCACAUUUUUAACUUUAAUCUUAAAUUUCUGUUUUGAUUUGCCAAUAUUUGUCCUUGUGAGCUGUGAAUUGUGUUAUAUUACUUGUGGCUUGUUCGAGACCGCUGUUUUAUUUGAUUUGUUUUGUGUGUUGUGCUUUAUGAUGGGCGUAAAGCCGAAUAAACAUUUUGGUACAUAUUUGUAUUUAUGUGCAUUGCAAAUUCAGUGCAUGGAAAGUAUCCAGAUUUCGUGUUUAUUUUUACUUAACUACUGUGAACUGUUUUGCUGUUGCUCUGCUUUGUUUGUCAUCUUCUAAAUGUCAUUAAUUAUAUAGGGGAGCAAGAAUAAGCAAGCAGCUACAGAUGUUCCAAAUUACUGUUGUCAGGAAUAAAUGGAAUAUUUCUAACCAAACUACUUAAUCUUCAUUUUCUGACAGUCUUUGUAUCAUGAGAAAACUGAAGGAGUUGAAAAUCCUCCAGUUCAUUUGUCAAAACAUUUCAAUGCUUUUGAAAUGUGGGCUUUGCCCCAUUAGAAGUUGUCUGUGAUGAGUUUCCUAUUGUUGAAAUAUUUCAGAAUCUGUUUACUGUAACCAAAUAAGGGUUGCAUAGUCAAAUACUUACCAGUAUUACUAGUGAAGAAAGAAGAAUUACUUAAAAGUCAUAUUGUAUUGCUGUUUCAUAAACCAUGUCCUCUUCUGGGAUUUGAUAUUUAAUCCUAAAUGGAAUGUACAGUCACACCUCUAGUUGCGUUAGUUUCAUGUUGCGAAUUUUCGGGUUGCAAACACUGCAAACCCGGAAGUGGAUACAUGCAGAAGCGUUCUGCGCAUUUCGUGCAUGCGCAGGAGCUCUCUAUUGCAUCACAUUCAUGCGCAGAAGCGGCACCCUACUUAUGGACUUUUCGGGGUGCAAACGGAACCCCGGAAUGUAUUGCGCCUGUAAGUAGAGGUACCACUGUACUGUAAAUGGCUGUAGCUCCAUGGUAGAGCAUCUCCUUUGUGACCAGAAGGUUUCAGGUUCAGUCCCUGGCAUAUCCAGGUAGGUUUGGGAAAUACUUCCUGCCUGAAAUCCGGGAGAAUCACUGCUUGCCACACAGCUGUGGAACUGGGGAGCCCUCAGUCACUAGCUGGAGCAGAAAGAUAUGAGACGGGGGAGGCAGAACCUUUUAAGUUGGUUAGAUAGGCUUGGGUGGGUAUGAAGUCGUCCAGGGCUGCCUUUUGAAUAGGGUUUUUUGGGAUUAAAGGGCCAUUAUUUCCAGGUCAUUGAGCAGGAUUGAAGGCCUAUUCUGACCAAGGCAAUGAUUCCAUUGAAAUAGCCCAGGCAUAGUCAAACUCGGCCCUUCAGAUGUUUUGGGACUACAACUCCCAUCAUCCCUAGCUAACAGGACCAGUGGUCAGGGAUGAUGGGAAUUGUGGUCCCAAAACAUCUGGAGGGCCGCAUUUGCCUAUGCCUGAAAUAGCCCUUUGUAAAAGGUUUUGAGAACCAUGGCACAAAACUAGUCUGGUGUUCAAGCAAUUUUAUUUAACUUUUAUUUAACUUUAGAAGAUGUUCAUACAUUUUCCUUUAAAAGUAUUUUACUUUAGAGAGAAAUAGCCAAAAAUAAAAAUUAUUAGGUGAGGAUAAAAGUAAUUAGUUUUUCCUUUCCUGGUUUGUUGCUCUAUUAACAUAAGCACUAUCUGCUGGAUCAGGUUAGCGGUGCUUUUAGUCCAGCAUUCUGUUCUCACAGCAGCCAACCAGAUUCUUAUGGUUUCCCACAAACAGGAGCCUUCUCCCCGCCUGUGGUUUCUAGCCUUUGGUAUUAAACCCUGCAGAAUUAGAGCAGUGUUGGUAAGAACCUAACUAGCAUAGAAAACCCUUGUGAGGCACAGUGGACACCCAUUUCCCUUGGUUUACAUUUUAUACACAAAGAAACUAUUAGCCUGGAGGAUUUUUUAAAUCUUUCUAAGCUGAGUACUGACCUAAAGAUGUUUUUUUUUUACAGAAUGCCGAACAGCACCUACAAUAACAAACAAUGUCGCAUUAAGUGCUUUCUUCCUUAAUCUCUGUUACAAGUAACUUGUCUAGUGCUGCAAGGCUCCAGAAGUAGUGAAGAACAGUAGCAAUUAAAAGCACUUGCCUAUAGCUCAACAUGUCCAUGAGAGUCUAUAGUUAAUAUUGUGCUCGGACUUAAAACACAAACUCUAGCAAUGCCUAAUUACAGUGCUUCAGUAGACUUAAGGUUUAUUUGCAUUUUUCUUAAUUAGAAAUACUGAAAACUGAUGUAAUAUUUUAAGACUGGCUUAAACGAGAGCAACAUGUCAUCCAGUGUUUAUCUGGUUUUGUUGGUUGCGCUUAUAUUAAUAUUUUUGCAUGUGUCCUGUGGAGCACGAAAACAUAAACAUGUUUACUCUUACAGGAGUGCAUCAGAGCCUUAGGCCGAAAUAAGCCUCAUACUCCAUUCAGAGCGAGUAAACUUACUCAGGUCCUAAGAGAUUCAUUCAUAGGAGAAAACUCUCGCACCUGUAUGGUAAGUUUAGUGUGUUGCAUUGCUGUAGAAAACAACAACAAUCUAUUUGUAGUAGAUCAACUUAAAUACACCAUAGGCGACAUACAAUAGGGAUGGAAAACCCUGUAUUCUCAGGUGGCACGCUAAUCUUUAGAUAGCACUCCUUAGCUGGAAGUCAGUACUGCUUCAUAACCAGACCCAUUGGUUCUCUCCUAAUUAUUUCCUUGGUCUUAAGCAGUGCUUUUUUUCUUUAAAAAAUGUUUAGGGGUACUCCCAUUUUGACUCAAAAAAAUCACCAUUUUAUAGUUCAAAUUGGGAAAAAUAAAGACAGUAAAUGGACAAAAGUAGAAAGAUUCACAAACUGUUUAGGGGUAUGCGUACCCCAACGUACCCCCAUAAAAAAAGCACUGGUCUUAAGACUUGGAUUUAAAAAUACCAUAAGAGAUGUUUAUAACCAGUGUGAUCUUUCCCUUUGGGGCAAUUUGAAGAUGGCUCCUUGAUAUGCUCAAGUUUCAUAAUAUGGUUCCAAAAGCUACUUAACAGAAUUAAGUUUAUUCUAUGGGAAGUGUUUAUAGUUCUUAAGAUUCCAACAGAUUCCAUAUGUUGUUUUUGGUAGGUUCUGUUGGAAUAACCUAUUAGUCAAUGUCAUUUUAUUUGUGGAAAAGGUUAUUCUGCCCUGCAUAUGCUAGUAUCUUAUUUCCAAAUAUGCCUUGUGCAAAUUACUCUCCUGGUUACUUGUACAUAGAAUAAUACUGUUCGCUCCAGCCCAAAAUUGCGUAUGUAUUUGUGACUGAGACGGUGGGGUUAGAGAGACUGUGGUUGCCUCUUAUGUUUUACAGCAGUGAGACUACCAAGUGUCAUGAGAAUUUGAUAUGGAAGAUGCUAACUUGGACAGCUGAACUUUAAUUUUUCAAUAUUCUAUAUCCAAAGUUAGUUUACUAUUUUGUGUAUGGUACGGACUGCCGUGUUGAAACUCAACUAUACAUUUUAUUUAAAUUGUUAAAGUUUGUGAUUGUAUUUAUUUUGUUCCUGUUUUUGAUAGUAUUGUUAUGGCAACUUGAAUAACUAGGCCCUGUUUGUUUAAAACAAAAUAAAGAUGGCUGCCCAUGCUAUCUUACCUUCAUCAUUUUGAUUAUUCUGAUUUAGAAUUAAUACUAUCUUCUUUCUCAAGGGUCACCAAAUAUUAAUAAUGGUAAGAGGUGAAGAAAUAAGUCAAGAAAUAAUAAUUAAAGUGGAGACAUGUAUUUAUGUUUAUUGCAUAUAUCAAUACCUGCUGGAAAGCUGUACUCUUCCCUAAUUAGAUUGGGUGGGAGAGAUUGGAAAUAUAAUAUAUUAGAAAGAUACCAUAUGGUAUGGAUAGGUAGGUGCUCUAAAAUGUGGAUUCAUUUAAAACUGAAUAUAGGUUAAACACGUUAUAUGCAUCACUUGGAUAUCAAGUGCUUACUUGAACACAAUACUUAAUAUUUUCAGUGUGCAUAAGUUUAAUAAAUAUUUCCUUCUUUUAAGUAAUACAGAUUUGUGCAUAUGCUCUUGACUGUUGUUGUCCUUGAAAAAUAACUUUUGAUAUCCUUUCCUCCCAGAUUGCUACUAUUUCUCCAGGGAUGGCAUCUUGUGAAAAUACUCUAAACACACUAAGAUAUGCGAACAGGUAUGAGAAUUUAUAUUUAUAUCAUUGCAUUCCCUAGCAGCAUUCGAAACCUAGAAGUCUUUUUUCAGGCUUCAACUUCCUUAUACUUUCUAAAUUGCUAUGAGGAACUACAUUUAUAUCAGUACAGUUCACAGUUGAAGAUGGCUGGCCUAACUUUAUGCAGAAGGUCUGAAGUGGAGGUGAAAACAGGUUCUCCCACCCCAAAUUUCCAGAUCACAGCUGAGCAUCAUCUCAGUUUGAUUAAUCUAUCCUUUCAGUCUGGAAAGAGGAGUAUAGAUCUUGAGGUUAUGACAAUAAUAGUGUAGAGUGCAUUAGUGAGUAAAUAUCUGUCGGUGUCCUAUAAAUAUAGCAACAAGCAGACUAAAAUAAAAACCUAUUUUUUAGUUAGGCUGGCAUUUUAACUGAAUUCUGAUGUUAGUUUAAAGCAAUUAUUAUUUUCAUUGUGUUGCAUUUCUUGUACUUCUUACAGACAUUUAUAACCAAGCAUUAUAUAAAUUGUUCAAAUAAAUAACAAUUUAAAAGGCAGUAAUAAUUAUUUAUAAAUAAUGCCGUUGAUAUAUGUUUAGCAUGUCUUUCUCUAAGGCAGCAGUGAAUAUUUGACCCUUAAAUGCUGGGUUGUUUUUUUUUAAAAAAACCACUUCUUCCAAAAGAAGAGCAGUUUAUCUCUGGAUCAGUCCUUGGAUGGAAUAACUGCAAAUGUCAGUUGUUUUGUAGCAGGGUAGACAUGUUGUGAUGUUCACCAAGACACUGGGCUUAUAUAGAAAUACUGGCUUCUUUGACAUGUCUUAUAAAUGUUCAUGGAAUUUGCUUAUGUAUUACACAAUUUAGCUAGUAAGUAGUAUAAAAAUCUUUUGUUUUUAAUAUACCACAUUCUGAGCAUUUAUAUUAAUAGUGGGAGACUUCUAUGAAUGAGCUGCAUGACCACAUAGUUCGUAAAGUGUAUGAUUAGAAUAAUACAAUGACCUGGGUCAUAAUAGUCUGCUAAAGCUGCAGUGAGUUGUUUUUGUUCCUGAAGUUGUGCAAAGUAAGCUUAGUUUCGAGGCAAUCCGUAUGAUGCAUUAUUGGGAAUGUUGAACCUGGAACAAUCUCCUUGCAUUCCACCCAGCUCCAUUCCACUCAGCUGUUGAAGGAUGACCUUGCUUAAGCCAACAUCCUUUGACUUCAGUUUCCCAUCUUGUAGUAAUGACUAUUUUCUCUUGGAGGAUUUGCCAAGGUUUAUUUAUGCCCUAGCAAGCGUGUUGCAUAACUGACUGAUUAAAUAUUAGAGGUUGUGAUUUCAUUGUCCUUACAAGAACACUUUCUUUUAAUUUGCUGCUGUAUCUUGCUGCUGCAGAGUAAAGGAAUUUGGAAUUAGUCCUUCGGACAUUCCCUUCUCACAGGGUAGUGGCAGUCGCUCUGAUCUCUCUCCUUCCUAUGAGUAUGACGACUUUUCUCCUUCAAUCACCAGGUCUACUUCAUUCUUUACAUGGACUCUCUAUUUUCUUUUAGUGUUUUUCCCCCCUCUUCAGCUGUGUAAUUUUACAGACAAACCUUCACCUACUUUCCCUGUCUUGAGUCAUCACCGCCUUUUUGUUUCCAUUUUGUUUGACAGGUGGUGACACUGCAUGGCCUGCAACUCAUUUUCCCAAUUAUUAUUCAUCUUUUCUUCUUUUCAAACAUUUCAUGCCCAAGCUUGUUAUUUCCCCUCAUGUGUAAGAUAGUGGUGAUGUCAACUUUUGUAGUACUAGCAAUUCUACAUCUGAAUAAUUGAAGUGCAACAGUGAUUCACUUUUAAAUGCAUGUGAAAUAAUUAUAGUAUAAAAUAAUAAAUGAUUCAAACUCUUGCAAGAGCACAAUGUUUAAUAUUGUAAUCAAGUAUAUUGUGUUUGACUCCUCAUAUUAAGGGUACACUCCUAUUAAGGAUACAUUCAUUCAUGAUGUUGACAUCACCAUUAUUUAUGUGAAUUGCCUGUGAAUUGAUGAAGGGUUUUUUUUUUCUGUACUAAAUGAAUGGUACUCAUUUUAAAAUGAACACCUUCUUUGCAACUGUAGAGUAAAGGAACUGACAGUUGAUCCCACUGGUGCUGGUGAUAUCCGUCCAAUCGUUCAUCAUGCUCCAAAUCAGAUUGAUGACUUGGAGGCACAGUGGGGUGUCGGUAGUUCACCUCAGAGAGAUGAUCUCAAACUACUUUGUGAACAAAAUGUGAGUAUCUGGCAAACCUCAGUGGCUCUUAUUGCAGUAGAAAUGCAAUGCAAACAUUUAGCCGAUUAGUAUAUGUAUAUAAAGUUGCUUGGUGUGUUGUAAGGAUAGUCUAGACUCUUUCUCUAUUAAAUAAAAACUGAAACUAAUCAUGUUGCAUACAUUAUUCUCCUGCAUUAUAGUGUGUUGACAGAAAUGUCUUUCUAGAUUUUGUUUCAGGUUUUGGAAGGGGCAGAUAUGACCAGCCAGACAUGACUCUAAAGAGCAUUCAGGAUAGCUUAUAUCCAUAGCAAUAAAAUGAAUAUAAACAAGUAUGAAACAUCCACUUAUACUCUCAAUUUUGUUCAUACUCUCAACUUUAAUAAACCACUAUCAUGUUAUCCUCAGACAUUACCUUCUAAACUUAAAAAACCCCAACUUCUCAUGCUUUGCCCUCCUAAGCAAGGUGAUCACAACCUUCUGACUAUAUACUUCCAUGUUUCUGUAUUUGAAAUGAGAAACCAAUAUAUCCUUAGUGAGAUGGGGCUCCCUGUCUUGGGCUGCUUUCUGGGGGUUUUCCUGUUGUUAUUGUGUCUCUCACAGCUACAAUAAACCUACCAUUAAAAUUAUGGACUGGCCAUUUCUUCAUCAGAGGGCAAACGGGCAAAUUUAGCAGCGGAUCAAAUACUUCCCCCUCUCACUGUAGAUCCCACCUUAAUUCUGUACAUCCCACCUGAAUUCAUGGAACUCAAGGUGGCCCAUGUGUGGCGGUCACUCAUCCAGACACUGUCCAAACCUGCCUAGCUUCAACAAGGUGGUGUCCUCCAGACCAUUCAAAUAAUUUGCUAGACAGCUCUUUGGAGCUUCUUUCUCACCAUUUAUAUUUCAUGGGCAGAUAAAUGCUAUUGCUUCUGUAUGGAAGAAUAUUUUAGUGGCCCUUUGGAGUAGCAAUAUACUAUUACUGAACUUGGCAUUUUAGUCAGUAAACAAAGGGCAUUUGGGGCAACCAUCAGUUUUUGCUGUUGUGUGGGAUUCACUAGAGAUUUUAUUUUUGUUAGGCUCUCCUGGAGAUGCCUUGCCUAUACAAACCAAUCUCUUUCUCUGAAUUGAUUCAGGUUACCAUGUUUUGUUACCUUCUUUUUUCUCGUUUUGUUUCCUUGUGUAUUCUUGUAAUUGCUCAUUUUUUUUUGUUUUUCUCAACUGAAGUGUAUCCCAAAACUGGACUGCACUCCAUACAUUGUAAUAAACUUAUGAAUUAGCCUUGUUCAAGAGAACAUAAGCAUUUGUCUUGCCGAGUCAUGGAUCAGUGUUCUUCAACAUGCUGCUUUCUGUUAGCUUCUGUUAUCAAAAUCUUUUUUGAAAAGUAGAAUUAUAUUGAGCCUCAUUGUUUUUAAAAGGAGGAAGAAGUAUCGCCACAGUUGUUUACUUUCCAUGAAGCUGUGUCACAGAUGGUGGAAAUGGAAGAGCAAGUUGUAGAAGACCACAGAGCUGUCUUCCAGGUAAACGUGGAGCACUGAUUAAUACAGAGGCUGGGAUCCGAAGAACUGUUGAGCACUGUGCAACCAUGGGGCCUUUGGGCUUGUUUUUCUGAAGCUACAACUUCUCUCAUCCCAUAGGGCAAGGUUCCAUUGACACUGAAGAGAUUUUCAGAAACAGUUAAUGAUUGGGCAUUGGAAUUGGCACUGGGCAUGUUCAAGCCCUUAGAAGUGUUUAAGUAGUAUUUUUUAUGUUGGUCAAACUUCCCAGUUGGGGCAAUAAAAAUGUUUUGAAAAGAACUACAAACAACUUGCGGUUUUUGUGCAGUUUUCCUAAUGCUUAUUUUUUCCACAGUGUCUUUGCAGCUUGAUAGUUGUAUAAACUGCUUCAUCCCUGUUUCCUAGUCCUUAUCUGAAACACACUGAAGCUUCUUGGAAAUCAUUGAAACAGGAAACUGUUUGUAUUUGAUAUUUAUAAAAAGGUUCCAGCAUAGGAAUGUCUGUUGAACUUAUCAAAAUUCUUUUGUUAAUUUUGGCAAGUUUGGCAUUGCACUCCACAAUUUGUUGCCUGCAAUUUGAUUGUUGUAUGUUCUAUCUUUGGUUUUUAUUAGGAAUCUAUUAGGUGGCUAGAAGAUGAAAAAGCUCUCUUGGAAAUGACAGAAGAAGUAGACUAUGAUGUGGAUUCAUAUGCUACACAACUUGAAGCAAUCCUAGAACAAAAAAUUUACAUUUUGACUGAGCUUCGGGGUAGGUGUUUAUACCUGCUUAGAUAUACUUCUUAGAUAUUGAAGAAUUUGUUGAAAGUGACAAGUGGCUUGUGUUAGCAGUUAAUGGGUUUCAAGAUUUAUAUAUUUUUCACAGGCCAGUUUUAGUAGGGGGAGAAAAUCAGUUGAUAUUGACAGCCAUAUAGUGGUUUAUAAAGCAAAUCUGAGGAGCUAAAAUUUCUAAGCAUUUCGAUAUGUAAAGUAUAGUAGUGUAGCAUGUGAUCUCAUUUUGAUUACUGCUGCAGAAUUAAAGGAUAGCAAUGCAUCAUUUAUUUCUAUCUGCUGUGGUCCAUUGCAGCCUUUCUUUUGACUUGCUUUUUAAAGAAACGCCUGGUUUCUUAAAUCUCUAGUGAGCAAAUUUCAGUUUGCAUCUAUUGCUGCUUCUAAUUUCAUUACUGGUCCUGAUGAACACAUGUUCUUCAGACUUUAAAUCUUGAUCCAGACAUUGGAAGAACUGCUGAAAGAGCAUACCAAGCUCUUUUCCAUUUGGUGCAGUUGUCCUGCUUUGAUUGUAUCUGUCUUAAAACAAAGUUGUCAGAAUGGGAAGCUCAGUUUCCACUUGAUCCAAAGUGGAAUUGGUACUGUGUGUUGCAUGAUUACACCUCUGUGUGUUCUAAUAUGUGUUUUUAUUUAUACAGUACAUUACUGAAAUUGCAUGUAGUAUUUAUUUACACAUAAUUUUAUAUGUUGCCUUUCUACGUUGUCACAUUCAAGGCAAUUUCCAAUAAUAAAAGAGACUAUGCCUCAAGGUCUGGGUACAGGAAUCGUGCUAAAAUUAUUCAGCUGAUAACUGACUUUCCUUUCUUGUUUUAAGAUAAAGUGAAAUCCUUCCGCACAGCGCUACAGGAGGAGGAGCACGCCAGUAAACAGAUCAAUCCGAAGAGACCACGUGCCCUUUGAGGCAAUCUUCUGCUGCUAAAGGAUGCCUGAGCCUUCAUUGCUGUACCACCCCAUUGGUUGGAAAUGAAGCUCUAAGAAGUCAACUACUUGAAAGAGCGAAAACGUUUGAAGUGUCUGUGGAAAUGCCCCGUUUCUUCUUCCCCUGGCUGACAUUUCAGUUGUGUGGAACACUCCUAAGAUGUCUGCAAAAUGCUUCUAGACCAGAUAGCACAACCAGGCAGGUUUUGGAGAUGGGAAGCACUUUUUGUUUCAAAUGUUUUAACUUACUCAAAAUUGUGAAUUUUGUUUUGGAAAUAUUUGCCAAUUUUUUAAAAAUAAUGAAGUAAAAUGGUGGACUUGUAAAAAGAAAAUUCACAGUAUUUUGUUUCACUUAUGUCAAGUUUUGUUGCAAAGAACAGCUGUGCAGUUUUGUAUUUGCAUGCAUGCCCACCUCAUCCGUGAUUGUAUAUACCUCCUCUUCUAGACAGCUGUGCUCACCUCUUCCCAUUUGUGCCUUGACCAAGGCGACUUGACCCUAUACGUCCUCUCUAAAGCACAGCCUUAAUAAAUGACAUUCCUUAUUUGUCAAUGUAAAUUACUUUUAUUGUGUGUACAUUUUAAUGUGUGUUUAGGUUUUCAUUUUUCGUGACUAGUUCUUCAUUUCACAGUAUGUGCCAUAUCAUUGACCUGGAAUUAAAAACAUGUUGGUGUGGAUUGACGGCAAGCCAUUCCAUUUCCCCCUGUAAAAAUCUGGAAUCAUGAUUUAUUUCAGUUACCAUGAAGAGUCUCUAACAUUUUCUUUGUAAAGAACAAAUCUAUAAAUUAGUGGAUGUAUAAUAAAAGGUAAUUGAUUAUGAAGGAGAGUUGUAUCUUAGGAUAAUACAGAUAUACGGUAUGUGUGCUAGUGUGAUGUCAGAAUAAGGUGCAAUCGAAUCUCUGCAUAUGGGUAGGAAAGGUAUCCAAUGACUAGGAUACCAAAGUAACCCUGUCACGUACUACUAAAAUUGGCUUCUGAUGCAUGGGAGUUUACAUGUGCAUUAACUGUAGUCCGCAGGUAGUUAGUACUGUUGCUUUAAAAGAAAGUAGCUAAUGCAUAUUUUCCAUUUGUACAGUGCCAUCAGCUGAAAAGUGAGGUGAAUUUGUACCAUUUGAGGAUUUGCACAAUAAACUCCACAAAACUUUUCUGAUGCUGAAGAAAUUCCACAAUGAUGCCUGAAAACUUCACAAAUGGCACUAUGUGUCCAGCACUUUUUAAGAUGGUGGCACUUCAAUUAUUUUUGCAAAUUGAUAUAAAAAAAUUACCCUUUAUAUGUAUUUUUUUUUUUUUGUCAGAUGAAUUGUAGACCUCUCUAGGAGUUCUCCCUAUUCCCAAGAUAGAUUCCAGGUGCUCAUAUCAACAACAGACAUUCCUUGGAACUGUUUCAUAGUUUGUUUCUGGAACAUAAGCCCAUCUGUGCUGUGGCUGAGGGAAAUAAAGGGAAAGCAAUGAGAAGAGAGGUUAAAUGAGCCAGAGUUUCUCAGUAUUCAACAUAAUCCCCAUAGAAAGGUAGCCCCUUGCCAUAUCAUGGUGACAAAGCACCUGUCUGUAAACAUGAAAACUGAAACAGCAAUGUAGAUUUUACACAAUGUGUUUAAUAAAUUUAACUGAAAUAU